GAAGUUACCGUACACUUUUUUUCGUGUGAAUCGUUAAAACUUUUACGUUGUAAAUUGUGAAUUUUUUGUGCAUUAUUUUGAACAAUUUUUUUUUGUUGAGUGUGUUACCAAACUAUGAAUCGCUUAAUAAAUUCGUUCGGUCAUGAUCGUGUUUAAAGUGCGAAAAAUGGUUACAAAAUGAAUAGGUUUAAUUCGUUCCGAAAAUAAUGGACCAGUCACCAUCAACGUCGUCGAAACUGAAGAAAUUCUUCGGAUUUUCAAGUUCCGACAAGGGCGAAAGCUCUUCCACUUCAUCGGAUAAAAAAUCCAAGUCGUCGGAAAGCAGCUCCUCUAAUUCUAAAAAUGUUACCGGCAAAGGCAAAUUGAAGAAAGACGCGUCCGGAGAAUGUUACGAAAAAGUAGUCAGCGAAAGUGAGAUCGUCGAUAGCACCGGCAAAAAGAAAGGUAAAAUUAUACACGUCGAUCGAGUAAUCGUUCAUAAGAAGAAGAAGACUAAAAAAUCGAAUUCGGAAAAACCUAACUCGAAACCGGCUACCAACGAAUCUCCCAGCAUCGCAAAACCAGAUCUCAUACCCGAAGAUGACAAACGUGAAGAAAAGGUUCAAGAACCUGUCUACGUCGAUACCGCAAAGGCUGAUAUCGAUGUUGCUCAUAAACCAGCGCGUGUUGUUGAUACUACAAAGGCUGACGUCAAUGCUGCCCCUAAACCAGCGUACGUUGAUAAUACAAAGGCUGAUGUGGACGUAGCUCCUAAACCUGUGUACUCCGGUACUUCAAAGGCUGCAGUCGAUGCUACUCCUAUUCCAGCUACGUGCACAAAACCUCUCGAUAAUGUUACCCCUAACAGUGAUUCCUCCGGCUUGACUACAUCUCCCGAUUAUAUCGCAGCUUUUGAUGAACUUGUCAAUGCUGACGAUGGUGAAAAAAUCAAUGUCUCAGGCACUUUCGAUUCAUUCUACGAAAGUUUGAAACCAGAAAUGAACGACGAUAUUAAAAGCAGAGUACCGUUUAACGAAGAAAGCUGGAAAAAAUUGGAUAACGAAAAUGAAGCCGUUAAGUACGUGGUGAGAAAUAACGACGGUGACGAAUUGACAGUCGACAGCGUCGAAAGCGUGCCGCCAGGAUACCAGAUAUUUAAAACAAUCCUUACGAAAUCUAGCGAACAUAAAUUAAUCGGUACUUCCAAGCUGAACGUCCCCAAAGAUUUGGGUGAUCCGGAAAAUUGGCUCGAGUUCGAAAACGAAAAUGAGUCGUUCAAAUACGUAGUCAAAGAUAAAGACGGCAAAGAAAUGAUUUACGAUAAUAAAGAAAGUAUUCCUGUCGGAUAUGAGGUAAUAAAUGUGAUAAAAGUUCGCUCAAAACAACGCCAAGUAGUCGGUAAUUCGAAACGCGAAGUGACUGCCGAAUUUAGCGGACCCGAUAAAUGGCAAGAAUUUGAAAAUCAACACGAAAUGGUCAGAUACGUAAUUCGAGAUCCCAGCGGUAAAGAAUCAACGGUCGAUAAUGUCGAUAACUUAGCUCCUGGUUACGAAAUUGUGAAAACAGUCAAAUAUAAGACCAACGAGAAGAAAAUUAUCGGUAUUACCAAACUAGAAACCAAACGUGAAGUUCAGCACCCUUCCAAUUGGCAAGAAACCGAAAAUGAAAGCGAAAUUGUACAAUAUAUUUGUAAAGAUCCGGAAGGUAACGAAGUAACGUUUGGAAACUUAGAUGAAAUCCCCUCGAAUUACCAGUUAUUCAAGACAAUCAAGUUCAAAACAAAUCAGCGUCAGAUAAUCGGCUCAUCGUUAAGAACUACUUCUCGUAAUGUAAACCAAACUAUCAAGUAUGUCAUCACCAAAGAUGGUAAAAAAGUUUUGGCGGAUGAUUCUCAAAAUAACUCUGAAACCUUUGAAUUACAACCCGAUAUCACCGAAUACCUUGUGAAAGAUUCGACUGGCAAAGAAUUCAAAGUAGAUAAUAUCGACAAUUUACCCCCUGGAUACGAAGUAUUGAAAACCUUUAAAUACGUCUCGAGUGGGUCUGCUCAGUUUCCAAGUGAUGCGGAUACAACCACCGACGAUAGCUCUGAGGUGACAAAAUAUGUUGUCAAAGACGCCAGCGGCCAAGAAAUCACCUUAGAUUCCAUCGAAAAUCUACCACCAGAGUAUACGUUACUUAAAACCCUGAAAUAUAGAACAACCACUCGUCGAAUCACCUCCAAUGAAUCGCACAUAGAUCAAUAUAUUGUCUCCGGUGAAAAUCAAGCUCACAGUAGAAAUGAAAUAAUCAAAUACAUCUUCGUCGACAAAGCUGGUAAAGAAAUAACCUUAGAUAACCUCGAUGACAUUCCACCUGGAUACGAAUUAUUGAAAACGUUCAAAUACGUUACUAGUGAUUUCGUUCAAUUUCCGAGUGAUGCUGAUUCAACUUCCGACAAUAGCUCUGAGGUGAUUAAAUAUGUCGUCAAAGACGCUAGCGGUCAAGAAAUCACUUUAGAUUCUAUCGAAAAUCUACCUUCGGAGUAUACUUUGAUUAAAACGCUGAAAUAUAGAACAACCAGUCGUCAAAUCAUCCCUGGCGAAUCGCAAAUUGAUAAAUAUAUUAUUACCGGUGAAAAUCAAGCUCACGAUAAAAAUGAAGUUGUCAAGUACAUCUUCAGAGACGAAACUGGUAAAGAAAUUACCCUCGAUAGCCUGAACAACGUCCCACCUGGAUACAAAUUAUUCAAAACGCUCAAAUACGUUUCGGGUGAUUUUGCUCAGUUUCCGAGUGAUGUCGAUUCGAGUACCGACGAUACCUCAGAGGUGAUCAAAUAUGUUGUCAAAGACGCUAACGGUGAAGAAAUCACCUUAGAUUCUAUCGAAAAUUUACCACCGGAGUAUACUUUGAUCAAAACAUUGAAGUAUAGAACAACCACUCGUCGAAUUGUUUCUAACGAAUCGCAAAGUCAUAAAUAUAUCGUUAGCGGUGAUGAAAAUCAAGCAUACGAUAAAAAUGAGAUAAUCAAAUACAUCUUUAAAGACGAAACCGGCAAAGAAAUAACUCUCGAUAAUGUUGAUAACAUCCCACCUGGAUUCGAAUUACUGAAAACGUAUAAAUUCGUCACAAACGUGCCUACCGUUAAAGGAGCGUUAAACGUUAAUGACCCUGAAAAUUGGAAAGAAUUAGAGAGCCAAUCUGAAGUCAUAAAAUAUCUCAUUAAGGAUCCAACGGGUAAAGAAACCUAUUGGAAUAAUGCUGAUAAUCUGCCUCCGGGCCACGAACUCGUCAAAGCUCUGAAAUUCAGAAAAGCGAAAUUAUCAGAAAUUACGUCUCCACACCUCGAAGGAUUCGAGGAUCGCGUCGAAGAGCCCAAAGAUGUUAUCAAGUUCAUCUGCAAAGAUGAAAGUGGCCGAGAAGUGACCCUCGACGAUACUGAUAAUAUUCCAGUUGGAUUUGAAGUUAUUAAAAGCUACAAACUUGUCGCCAAAAAACCAACUGUAAUGGGAUCCUUGAAUUUAAACGAUUCUUUGAAUUUCAAAGAACUCGAAAGUCAACCCGAAGUUAUAAAAUACGUAGCUAAAGAUCCUACCGGCAAGGAUGCACUUUUUGAUAAAAUCGAAGAAAUCCCAACCAACUUCGAAUUUGUAAAAGCACUAAAAUUCCGUUUCAGCGAACCGGUUUUAUCUGAUGAAAAAAUCGUGAUCGGUGAUAAUUCGGAACAUAUUGAUGCAGAGCCAAAACACAUCAUAAAAUUCAUCUGUCGAGAUGAAAAUGGUCAAGAAGUUACGUUAGAUGACGUUGAUAAUUUACCAGCUGGCUACGAAGUAUUGAAAAGUUUCAAGUUCAUCAUCACCGAACCGACGUUGACUACUUCGCCGCCAAUUCACGAUCCCGAAAUUUGGAAAGAAUUGGAAAAUCAAGGCGAAAUCACCAAAUACGUAAUCAGAAAUGCCGAAGGCGAAGAAAAAUUCUGCGAUACUUUGGAAAACAUUCCCUCGGGAUAUGAAUUUGUAAAAGCUCUCAAAUUCCGACUUAAUAAACCUGAUAUCGAACAGACAGCUCCCGCCGUCGAUGUUGAACCCAAAAGCGUCAUGAAAUACAUCUGUCGUGACGAAAAUGGUUGUGAAGUCACUCUGGAAGAUAUCGAUAACCUACCAGCCGGAUACGAGAUUAUUAAAAGCUUCAAAUUCGUCGUAACUAAACCCACGUUGACUGAUUCAACUCAUAUCAAUGAUCCUGAAAUGUGGAAACAGUUGGAAAGUGUCGGCGAAGUGGUCAAAUACGUAGUCAGAGAUCCCAGCGGCCAUGAAACCCUGGUGGAUUCCAUCGAUGAUCUUCCAACCGGAUAUGUUCUCGUAAAAGCUUUGAAAUACCGAAUGGAGACGCCUCCUAAGCCACUGACCGACGACGAAAACGACGUAUUCGAUCAUACAGAAACCAAAAAAUACGUGAUCAGGAAUAAAAUCGGAAAGCAGCUGAUUGUCGACCGUCUGGACGACAUUCCAGACGAUUACGAACUAAUUCAAUGUCUUGAUUUUGGUAAACGCCCUCCGACUUCACCCGAUGCAUCUGAAAAUAACGCCAGAGAAGUGAUCAAGUACGUGAUCAAAGCCCCGAACGGCGAAACAACUACAAUCGAUAGCUUGGAAGACGUUCCAGCAGAUCACGAAAUCGUCAAAAGCGUAAGAUUCAUCGUAUUUGGAUCAUCGCCAGUAACAGGACCUCAAAACUGGACUGAGUUAGAAGAUCAAACGCAGGUAUUCAAAUACAUCGUUCGAGACGAUGAUGGUAAAGAAAUCACAAUUGAUAAUCGCGACGAUAUUCCUGCCGGUUUCAAGCUAGUCAGAGCCUUGAAAUUUACCAACGUUGGCCCAUCAAGUCAAUACGAACACGUUGAAAAUCCGAUACGCGAAAUCGAUCUCGUUAAAUACGUAUUCAAAGGUCCAUCAGGGGAUGAAAUCACUUUGGAGGCCGAUACCGAACCACCGGCCGGAUAUAAGCUCAUCAAGACAUUGAAAAUAAAGAGAACCUUUUCAUCGACUGACGAACCAGAUGGGUCGUUUAAUACCCAAAUUAAAUUACCGGGUGGUUCGUCGAAGUAUAUUUUUAAAAAUCAUCUCGGCGAUGAAAUCGUUCUCGACGAUGUCGACAAUGUGCCAUCCGAUUACAAGUUAAUCAGCAGACUAAACGCUGGUCCGAAUGACGGAAAUACGACACCCACAUCGCCGUCUAAAGAAAUCAUCAAAGAUGUGUAUCGUUACAUUGUAAAAAGUCCUAAAGGAGAAGAACAAAUCAUCGACAACGUUGACGAACUACCAUCCGGAUUCACCUUGGUUAAAACCUUGAAAGUACGACCAGAUGGCAGGGUCAUCGAACAACCACCUGCAUCGGCUCUGAAAGUUGAUGAAAGUCACGUAAAGAAACUCGUGCAAAAUGUUUUCGAGCCGAAUAAAUCGACGCAAUCUUCAUCCUCGCCGAGUAAAUCUAACACCAUAUCGUCAAAUUCAUCAAACGAAUUACCUUUAGAUCCUGCUUCGAGUAAAAUGAAAAAGUCUGUUUCAACCGGUAGCUUCCGAUCUCAAAGCAGCGACACAGACGGGUCAAUACCCGAAAAGGUCGUCGCGAAGGCUCCGUCUGAGGAAACCAUACAACGAAUCGAGAAAUACAUGGUCGACGCUGACUACGUUCCUUCGUCUAAAUCGUUACCAUUGCCGAACAGCUCUCAAAGGACUGAUAAGGAUCUACCGUCUAUGGAUUCGUUAUCAGAACGAUCAAUAUCGACAGAUUCGUUCCAGGCCAGCUCCGAUGACGCGUCUUGGUAUUCGGAUUACAAAAAAAAUCAAAGUUCUUCCAACGCAUCCUUUGGAUUCGAACACAAACCAAGGAGCAAGGCUGAAUAUGACAGUCAUAUCGCCCAAGUUAAAGAUGAACAAGAACGAGUACAGAAGAAAACAUUUGUUAAUUGGAUCAACUCGUAUUUAUCGAAAAGAAAUCCGCCUCUACGAAUAAACGACCUGAUCGAUGAUUUAAAAGAUGGAACUAAGUUAUUAGCUCUUCUAGAAGUGUUAUCCGGAGAAAAACUGCCUAUGGAGAGAGGAUCGAAAUUACGAAGACCUCAUUUCCUGAGCAAUGUGAACACAGCUUUACAAUUUCUACAGAGCAAAAAGAUUAAAUUGGUGAAUAUAAAUUCGACAGAUUUAGUCGAUGGAAGACCGGCUGUGGUAUUGGGUCUCAUAUGGACGAUUAUCUUAUACUUCCAAAUUGAAGAAGGUACACGUGCUAUGUCAUCUUUGAGUUCGCAUUUCGACGGCAGUACGAGCAGUUUGGAAAGUUUACGAUCUCCUACACCUGAUAAAAAAAUUAGCGGAGCCAGAAAAUCUCUGUUGAAAUGGGUUAAAAAUGUUUUACCUAGAGAGUGCGGCUUCGAAGUAACAGAUUUCGGACCCAGUUGGCGAGACGGGCAUUUGUUCCUCAAUAUUAUUAAUACUAUUCAAUCGAAUUUAAUCGAUAUGUCAUCGAUGCGCACGGUUACUAACCGUCAACGCUUAGAAACAGCUUUUACUGCCGCUGAGCAAGGCCUAGGCAUAUCUAGAUUGUUAGAUCCUGAGGAUGUAGACGUAGAUCGACCAGAUGAAAGAUCAGUGAUGACUUACGUUGCCCAAUUCGUAUACAAGUAUCCGGAAGUUCGUAGCUACUCCGGUGAAACGAUUAGCGUUGUACAAGAGGAAUAUAAUAAAUUUAUUUCGUGGUUGACUGAUCGUACUCAAUUGUUAUCUGUACCCCAAAAUAUUACCAGUAAUUAUUCGGAUUACUACGAGAUCUAUAACGAAAAAGAAAACUACUCGCCGUUAUUCGAAAAACUAAAGAAACUCGUUCUUUUCCAAGGAGCUAUUAGUAUUACUCCGGAAUCAUGGAGAGAAAUCGAACGACUGUGGCGAUUACUCGAAACUCAAUUGAAUCAAUGGCGGUGGGCGUUGGACAAUAAUUUACCUUCACCUUUCGAUAAAAUUGCCGAUUGGCUAAUUAAAGCGGAAAAUGUUAUUUAUAACGAUGAUAUACCGACCAUAAUGAAUGAGGAUACGGCUACUUUAAUUAAUCAGAAAUUAGAAGAACAUAAAGCAUUUUUCUCGCAAUUACCUACCGUGCGAGCGAAAUUAGAAGAAGCCGUUGGAACUAUUCCUAUUUCGUCUCAAAUCUUGGAAAAUCAAAUAAACAACAUGUUCGCUCGUUUGGACGAUAUUACUGUCAAAGCUGCUCAACGUAGAAUUAGAUUAAAAUAUUUAGAACAUAAGUGUUGUCUUAUCGCCUUCCUUAAUCUAACGGAAAAGAAAUUAAAAGGCUGGACUGUGAAAUAUGGUUACGAAGAAAAUGUACAAGCGCUUCUUGACCAAUACAAUAAUUAUGUGAUCGGAAACGAAAUAAUUCAAGAAUUCAAUAGAGCUUUUAAUGAUAUGCAAAAUGUCGUUAUAGAAUAUAAACGCGAUGGAAAUAUUGAUAAAACAGAGGCAGCAAAUGUAGAUCGAUUUUUACGUGACAUAGAAGAAAGAUGGAAAACGGUUUCGGUUGAAUUGUAUUGCGCUCAGAGUAUGUUAGAAGAAGUUGUAGCCUACUGGAAACGUUGGAAAUCGCUUUCUACCGAAUUGGAGAACUGGAUCGAUGCUUCGAGAUAUAAACUGAAUGCGUCCGAAGAUGAAAAAUUAGAAUACUUCCACGACCUAAAAGCUUGGCAGGAAAAAUACUUGAAUUUAGAAGAUAAUGUUAACUUUUUAAUAGCCACCUGUGAAGAUUCUAUUGGUGCCGAAUUACGUGAAAAAUUCGCUAGAAUUACGGGAAAAUGGAAAGAUUUAUUCGACGUUGUUGGGAAAUAUAUGAACGCCAGUUCGAUAUCUAAACUUCGAAAAGAGUAUUACGAGUCAAUGGAAGAUUUACAGACGUGGAUUACUAAAGCUGAGCAUAUUUUGAGCUCAACACAGCCGAAUUCCGAUGAAGGAUUGCAUUUCUUUGGCCGUGAGCUUGCGAAUUUACAAGAAGAAAUUUCCGAAAAAGACGAAAUACUUAAAAAUAUUUCUAAAUUGUUGCAAAACCUAAUUCAAGAUCUCAGUAAAGAAGAAGUUGAACAAAUGGUCAAGGAAGUGAAACGAGAGAAAGAAUCGUUGCUUCAAAUUCGUACUCUUAUUCCAAUGCAACUGAAUCUCUUCAAUCAAUUGAUCGUUCAAAGAGAAGCAUUGAGAGAAGGCCAAUCAGAAAUUAAUUCUUGGUUGGAUAAAGCUGAAAAUCUUCUCGACUCUUAUACGCUUACCGGUGGCAAAGAGCAAAUUCAGACUCAACUGGAACGACAUAAGGCAUUUUUCUCUCGCAUUUCUUACUACCAAUCAAUGGUGGAAAGUAAAAACAAGCAGUUUCAGAGUAUCGUAAAAUCGAUUGAUUCCGAAGAAAAACUAGAACUCGGAGAUUUUGUACAAAAAAUGGCUGACUUGAACUCGCGUUUCGAACGAGUUUCAAAUGAUGCUCAAGAUUGGCAAGUUAAACUCGAAGAAGCCAUUCGUUACUGGCAUAAUUUCAAAGAAAUCGAACGUGUCAUUACCGAAUGGUUACAAACCGCUCAAAAAUUAUUGACUGAAAAGAACAUCGAUUCGAAACAAUUCAUCCAGACCGAAAAAGCGUAUUUCGAAAAUGCAGACCAGAGUCGUAUUAAUGAGCUCACGUCAGCAGGUAAAGAAUUGAAGAAACACAUAUCUCCAAAUGAUCACAGUUAUGUCAAUAGGCGAGUUGAAGCAUUGCAACAAGCUUGGAAGGAAGCGUUUGAAGUUGCUCAUCCUCAUCUAAUUAGGUCAGAAUUUUCACUCGAUUUAACUUCGUACAAUCAGCUAAUAAAAGAGAUGGAAAAAGAAUUGAUCUCGGAGCAACAAGCUUUCACUCAACAUGAGGAUAUUGAAAUGCUGCUUGCUAAACAUAACGAAUAUUUUAACGACCAAAGUGCCUACAUAAGUGAUGCUAAAGAAUUGAUGAAUAAUCUCGCUAGGCUAAGCGCUUCCUAUGAAUCGAUGAAUCGAAAUUCUGAAAGCGAUACUCUCAAUGAUGCCUACGAACGUGUCUUACAAAACUGGAAAGUCAUUCAGAGUAAUAUCAGUGUUGUAAAGAAACAACUUCAGCAAGUACCUGAGCAAUGGAAAGAAUUUACUCAGAGAAUGGACGAAAUAUCUGCAUGGAUGGACUCAGUCGAUGGAAAUGUUAAAGUCUUGUUACAAGAUUUGACCACAGCCGAAGAAUUCGAAAACCAGAAAGCUACCUUCCAAGAGAUUUGUCGUGAUGUGGAUAAGAAACGAGCUGACAUUCAGUGGUUGGUGCAAACGUCAGACAUGCUGUCUCAGUUCUAUCCCAAGACUUCUACCGAUGUACAAAAACAAGUCGAUCAAAUGGUUACCCGAUAUAAAUCCUUAUUACCUACCAUCGAGCUUAUUAUCACUCGUACCGAACUGUAUUCAAGAUGCUACACGUACAAAAAACAAGUUACCGAAGUAUGUCAGUUACUGCAGAAAGUUCGAGAAGACAUUAAAUCGAAACCGAAAUCUAUUGAAAAUAUCGAUCAAUUGGUGAUUCAACAACAAGAAGCUGUUAAUUUGCUAAAUGACCAGAGGGCAAAUGUCGUCUCUAUGAUUCAACGCGGCAAAGAAUUAGCUAGACAUGGUGACCAAUCUCCAGAAUUUUUGAAUGAUUUGGUCUCCAAUUUGGAAGUAGAAUGGGAAGAUUCUUAUUCCAAAACUGUGGAGAACUUGAAUAAUUUGAAAGAAACUCAAAAAGUAUGGACUACUUACCAAGAACAAAAAGAGGCUGUUAUGACGUUACUCAAAAAGGCGGAAAAGGAAUUGAAAGACGUGCCUGUGAAGUAUUCCAACUCUAAACAACUCGUCGCCGAAUUGAACUCCAAGAAGGAAUUAAAACUGGAAUUGAAAAAAGCCAUUGAAAUCAACCUGAAAAAAUUGAGAGAUUUGUCUAGCCAUGUUGGUAGAAUCGCUUCACCUGAACGUGUUGAAAUCAUUAAUAAAGAGGUGGAAGAUAUCUCCAAAGAUUUAACCGACUAUGAAAAACAAGCCGAAAAGAAAACCGAUGAUUUAGAAAAAUUGUCUUCUAAAUGGUCUGAUCUGGAAAGCAAUAUCAAGCAAGUCAAAACAUGGACUACUGAAUUAGCGCCAUCAUCCAUAACGGCCAUCAAUACUACAACAUUGUCGCCGGAAGAACAAGCUAAAACUACUCAAAAUUUACAGAAUCAGUUGACGUCUCAUAUCUCUACAGUGGAAAAAUUGAACGAUGACGUUGAUUCUCUUAUUGAUAUUGUCGAAGAACCAAUUCUGAUCAAGAAAGAAAUAGAAACUUUGCAUUCUACUGUACACGAUGUGAAGCAAAAAAUGGAUGUUCAAAGUGCUCAGUUGCAAAAGCAGUUGGCUACUAUCGAAGAGUAUAAAAAAGAAAUCGAAGAACUUACUCCAUGGAUUGCCAAUGCAGAAUCUGAAACCGAAAUCAGCGCUAUUAAACCGGCUGCUAUCAAAGAUAUCGAAAAACACUUAGCCGACGUUAAAAAUUUCAAAUCCGAAUGCGCAGAAAAAGAAAGUAAAUUGAAAAAACUUUUUGCUAUCGAAAAAGAGAAUCCAAAUUUGCAAGAAACUGAGACCCUGGUUUUACGUUUAAAUGUCAUAAAAGCGAAUGCUGACAAUAAAGUGAAACGUUUGCAAAAACUCAACGAAAAUUGGAGAGAAUUAGAAAUAAAAGAACUCGAGAUUAAAAACAAAUUGAAUAAUUUCGAUUUCAAGCAUCUGCUCGACAGUCCUAUUGAAAAAGACACCGAGCUGCAAGUUUUGCAGAGUCGUCUCGUAGAAUUAAAGAGCGCUGCACAAAGCACGGCUGAAUUACAAAACGAAGUUUCAUCCUUGGGCAACUCUUGUAACGUUAUUGCAAAUAAUGUCUCUUUACAAGCUGCCGAAGAGAAGAGAAACAAUAUCGAUGCUCUGAAAGCCCAGUGUAAAAAUGCAUUGAACGGUAUUCGAGAGCGAAUCAAUUUGUUAUCUGAUAUCAUUGUAUCGAGAGAAGUGUACGAAGAACAAAUCACCUCCUUCAGUUCGUGGCUUCACGAUGUGGAGACGAAUGCUGCUGAUAUGCAAGAAAUAGAAGAUGAUGACUUGGGCAACACUCUACAAAAGCUUCACGCCUUUUCGGUGGAGUGCUCUGAGAAGAAACCCUACCUUGAAGAUGUCGAAGUGAAGUUACAUGCUGCUGUAGGACAAAAACCACCGCAGAAGAAUUUCGCUGUAACCCAUUUCAACGAAGCUAAACUCAAAUUUGCGGACAUUACGAAUUUACUCGAUAAAAGGAAAACAGCCAUUGAACAGUACAAAGCCUUUAGAGACUGGUAUCUUGGCGUCACCGAAACCGUCAAUAAUUUGAAAUAUCAAGUGGAGUCGAAUCAAUAUCCAAGUUCGAUUAAUGCCGAUCUCGAUAAAUGUUGGGCUGAUUUGAAUGCUCACGAGCAAGAAUUUGGAACUAUUCAAAAACUGUGUAAAGACGCCAAUAUCAAUGUGAAGUAUAAGGUCGAACCGCUGUCUUCGUUGAAAGAUAUGAAAGCUACGAUCGAUAACUUGAGAGUGGAUAUCGCCAAGAAACGUGAAAAAGAUAAAGUCAUCGAAACCCACAAGAAGAAUUUCCUCGAAACUAAAGAACGUUUCAUUAAAGAAAUUGGCAGUUGCAAAAAAGAUCUCGAAAAGGCCCUGUCUGACAUCAAAACUCCGGAAAAACUCCGUCCCGGAGUGGACGAUUUGAUGAAACUAGAAACGAAAUUCGCUCAAGUCACUCCAAUUAGAGACGAAAUGCAGAAAAAAGCAAAUUCUCUCAUCAAAGAAGACGAUACCGUUAUACUCGAUGUACAAAACGAAGUCACUGGAUUGCUAAGUGACUGGGAAAACUUGAACGAUCAGCUGAAACAAGAAAUCGACGCAUAUUGCAACCUCCAGCAAGCCUUAACCAGUUUCAACGUAAUUAAAAAUGAAACCGGUAACAUGCUAAAUGAUUUCGAGGGUUCUCUUGGCAACAUUAAGUCACCUAACGAUUUGACCGAAGCUUACAUCACGAAAGAAAAAUACAACGAAUUGAGCAAGUCGAUCUCAAACAGUAAAAAUUACUUGGAUAAGAUGGAUAGUUCGAGUAAAAAUAUCUUCAAAUUGAGCAGAAAUGUUCCGCAAUUCGAUGUUCAAGUUAUUGAAAACGAAAUGAAAACCACGGUGAAAAAAUGGAACGAUGUUUCCGCCAAAGUAAAUGAUCAGUUAUCCACAAUUGAUACCGAAAUCGCUUUGUGGCAACAGAUCGAAGAAUCGAAAAGCUACUUGCUUCCAUGGCUAAAAGAAACCGUCGAAGAUACCAAUAACCAGUUGAAAACUUUGGUCGAUGUGAACAACGCUCAAGUAAAAUGGAAAUCCUACAAAGAGCAACUUGCUGUUAACGAAAAAUUGAAAGAUGGAAUUCAAAAAAGACGCCAACAGUUGGUAGAAUUGAAUGAAAACAAACCAAUUCCUAAUUUGGACUCGUUGAUGUCUGUAUUGAACGACGGAUUCAGUGAAUUAGAUCAAGAAUUGAAACAACUGGGUGAUUUAAUCGGCACCUGCGAAUCCAAAGAGAGUAUUCUUAAAGAUGAACUCAAAGAAGCAGUCUCUGAAAUGAAUUCGAUUCGGGAGAAGUUAAUGAAAUGCGACGAUUUGACGGGCGAUAUUACUCCAAUUUGCGAACGUCUAAUGAUCUGCCGAGAAAAAAAUAAAGAUUUGGAGAAAAUUCAGCCAAAAUUAGAGAAAAUGGACAAAAUCUGCGCGGAAAUUGUAGCAGCUAAUCCUAGUUACGCGAAUUCUAGCGUGGCAAAAGAAUUAAACGCGAUCAAGAAACGCUAUGCCGAUACGUCCUCUUAUUUGGUUAAAAUCGAGAACACUCUUAUUUUGUUCGUUAAUAAGAGUUUCAAAGAUAAACUCACGAAUUUGAAAGAUACCGUCGACAUGUGCAAUAAUAAAAUCGUCUGGUGUCUGCCAGAAGAAAAUUUCGAUGUAGAACACCUAGAAUCAAAGCUAACUUGCAUAAAAGAAUUGGAAAAAGAACUAGAUUCCGUCAAAGGCGUCAAGCAAGAUAUCGAAUCAAUGAUUGAACCUUUGAAUGGAAUCCAGUGUCCUGAAAUCACCGAAGAAGUCUUUCCUAUCCGUGAUAAAAUCUUCGCCGAUUUGGAUGCUCUUCAAGCGAAAACCGACAACGUGAAGACAGUUUUGGAGAAAAAUAUCAAGUUACUUAACACCUACCAAGAUGACUACGAAAAAGUAUCAUCGGAUUUGCAAAAUUUGGAGAAAGCAUUGAAUACGAAAUCUCGCGAUUUGAUCGACGUUUCACAAAUCGAUAGUUACUUAGAAAAAACCAACAACAUGAAUUCCAAAAUUUCGGACAUCAUUUCCAAAAUCAAGACUCUAAAAGGAAGUUACGACAAAUUACAAAAACUCGAUACUAAGCCGCAUAUAAGUAACACCGAUUCUUUCGAAAACAAAGCCAAGAAUAUCAAAGACACCGUCGAUUCUCGUUUAGAGAAGCUCAAAAAUGUAUCAGACUUACAUGCCAAAUACGAGAACAAAGUCAAUCUGAUGAACGACUUUCUAACGAAAAAUACCGCCAAGUUGGAUAAAUUUGAGAAAGCUUUUAACGAAGGAAACAAGAACACGGAGCUUUUGAAAAAUACAUUGAAAGAACUCAAAGAUUUUGCUCAAAUUAAAGAACAAGGUUUGGCUCAAAUGAAUGAAAUUAUCGAAUUAAGCGAAUCUUUAUUCUUGGAAAUUAUUCCUCAAAAUCGCGACACGAUGCGAGUUCAACUCAAAGGUCUACGAAACGCCUUGGAAGCAUUGAACGAGAAAUGGACAUUACUUUUGAAGAAAAACGAAAGCAUCGUGAUGCAAAGAGCCAGUAUCGAAGACAGUCGUAACCAAGUUCUUCAAUGGCUAACUGCCGUUGAAAAUAAAGUCGAAUCGAAACCUCAGCUGAAGGAAAUUUUACCAGAAAAGAAAAAAGCUCUGAAUACCUAUCGAACCUUAUUACAAGAUGUACAAUCGCACAAGGCCAUCAUUGAUCAACUAAAUCAAAAAAUGGAAUCAUUAUCCGAAGGUGGUCUCGAUGAUCUGGUUGAAAGAUAUGGCCAGUUGCACAAUAUCGUUUCCAAUCACGUCGAUUUGCAUGAAAAAUACGUUCUCAAUCAUGAAAACUAUCUCCAUGCUUUUGAAAAGUUCAGAGAUUUCUUCGAUGUUCUCUUAGCCGAAGAGAACAAAUCUGCCAAAUGCGACGUUGAAAAUCAAAUCGCUAUUUACGAAAGUAUUCUGCAACAAGAUAAAUCUGGCGAUGAACUGAUCGCAGAAUGCGAACAGUUACUGAAACCUGUUCUGUCUGAGACUGAUGACACCGGAAAAGAGUUUUUACAAAAUGAAAUAAAUAGUCAAAAAAAGAACUGGCGCGAAUUUCUCGAUAAAUGUAAACAGGCCAAAGAAAAACUGAUUAUCAAGAAAGGUCAAGCUGAAAAGCUUCAGAGUAAAAUUACAUCAUUGGAUGAGUUUUUGAAAAACGCCGAAAAUAAAUUCAAAGAUCAAAGCUUGAAAAAUUGUUUGGAGUCGAAGAAACUUUAUUUGGACGAUGUAAAAAGUAUCUUCAACGAUUUAAAUAGUAAAAAUAUCGAAUUCGAAGAUCUUAAAAAAGAACCCGGUGCAACGAAUCCUGAGCUUACCGAAAUAGUCAUGAAAUUAAUAGCGAGAUAUCAAAACGUCAAACAGAAAGCAAAGGAAUGUGUUACCAGAUAUGAGAAAUUCGUCAAGGAACAUGAAACUUUUGAAAACGAUUAUAACAACUUUUUACAGAAAUGUAAUAAACUAAAAGAAGAAGUUGAACAAAACAGUAAACCGAUCGGAAAUGUCAGUUCAUUAAAGGAAAGGCAGAAAAAACUGAACGAAUUGCUGGAUUCAAAAACGAAUGAAAACGUACAAUUCGAAUUGAUCAACGAACAAGGGGAGAAGCUAUAUGCUCAUACGUCACCUGACGGAAGAGAAUUAAUCAGAAAAAAUUUGAGAAAAUUGCGCUCUAUUUGGAAUGAGCUGAGUGAUGAUUUACAACGAGAAAUAGGCGUAGCUGACCAAUGUCUUUUGAAAUUAGCCGAGUUCAAUGUUGCUCAAGAUGAACUAACUGCUUGGUUAACCGGUGUGGAAAAUUCUAUCAACCAAAACUCAGAGUUAUGUUCGACUUUACAAGAAAAACUCGCCCAAUUUCAGAAUCACGUUAAUAAACACCAAGAAACUCUUAAUCAAAAGAAUGCCAUCGCUAAUGUUUCUAAAUUGGUAUCACAGCUCUCAGAGCACACCGACCAUUCUGCCUUUGGAGAUUACUCAGCAUCUAUCGAAAAGCAGUAUGCUAGUAUUAUAGCCAAAUCCGAGGAACUGAAAAACACUUUGGAACAAAAUGUUAAGAUUCAUAAAGAUUUUAAAGCAGCUUGUGACAAAAUGCAAGAUAAGCUGAAAAACGAAGCUGAGCAUUUGAAACAGAAUGAAGCUGUGUCUGGCGAAAAGUCAGACGUGGAAAAGAGAUUGAAAAAUGUUGAGUCGCUACAAAAAUUCGAACCCGAGGGAAAGGAAACAUUCAAAAAGUUGAAAGAAUUAUUCGAAGCUACUUAUAAAACCACUGCUAAGAAAGGCAUCCCUGCUUUGGAGAAAGAAUUAUUCGAUUGCAACGCUGCUCUUAAUAAACACUUGAAUAAUUUAGAUCAAGCUCAAGAUAAACUCAACGAAGCGUUGAAUUUAUGGUUGAAAUUCGAAAGAGAACAAGAGAACAUUACCAACUGGCUUCAAGAACACGAGAUCGUGUUUAAAAAUCAACAGUUGAAAAAUACCUUGGACGAAAAAUUGGAGCAAUUGAAUGAAUUCAAAGAAAUUGGAAACGCCAUCAACCAUAAAGAGAAAGAUAUCGAUGGGUUCAUCGACGUUGGUCAUCUGUUGUUACAAACCUGUUCGGCAGAUCAUGUAAAAACAGCUUUGUCGCAGAUUAGCAACAGGUAUCAAUCGUUGGUGAAUCAAUAUAAAGAAACAGUCGAAAAAUGGGAAACCAUUUGUGACGAGCAUCGUACCUAUUCGAUCAAACGUACCGAAAUUCUCAAAUUAUUGGAUGAUUUGGAGAAACAGUUCACCGAUUUGCAAACCGACACAGACUCAGAUGUUUCGAAAAAAGUCAAAAAAUCACAACAUAUUAUUACCGAAUGUAAUCAAAAUGCCAAUCAAGUAUCGGAAUUUUUGCUGAAUGGCGAAUCACUAUUCCCUGAUACUGCCGCCAGUGGACGUGAGGAUAUUCGUAAUGAGUUGAAAGAUAUCAAAGAAAGAUGGGAUUCGCUCUGUGAUAAAUUGAAAUCUUUCGAUAAAUCCCUCGGAGCUUUGAAUAUCCAAUGGAACGUCUAUCAAGAACUUUACUCUCAACUGUUAAACUGGUUGCAACAAAUGGAAAAAAAUGUUCAACAAGAUCGAACUUCAAAUUGGACCACGUUACAAGAAUUACGCUCGAAAUUGUUCAAAGAAAAGACAAUGCUCCAAGAAGCCUCUUCUCGUAAACGUACCAUUGAAAAUUUAAAGGAAAAGGCUGACAGCGUUGCUCAAGUUGUCGAUUCAAAAAAUAUCAACGAGACUGCUCAAGAUGUCGUUACUCGUUACGAUCACCUGAUUUCAAAUUUGACCGAAAUUGUCAGUACGAAUGAGAAGUGCCUGGAAAAUGUCCAGCAAUUCUUAGAUAGCCUGAAACAAUUUAGGGAUAAUUUGAAGCAACUUUGGGAGACCCUAUCGAGUCACACAGAUUACACGGGCAACAAAGAGAUGCUUAAUAAGAGACUGGAAAAAUUGAACAGUAUGAAAGAAACAUUCCCAGAACACGAAGAAAAACUGAAGACGAUUGAAGCGGAAGUUGACGCAGUAGCGGCUAAUUUACCUGUUCAUUAUAAAGAAUCCAUGGUUCGAGAUUUAGCCAACGUUAGGUUCGAUUACGAAAAAUUCGUUACUGCUUUGAACGAGCUUGAACAAGGACUGCAGAAACAGCUGAAUCAGUGGUAUCAAUACGAGUUGUCACUUCAACAGGUGGUUUCCUGGUUGAACGAUGUUGAAGCUGCGUUGAGAAAUUAUACCGAACAGAAUACGUUGGAAGAAAAGCAGGAACAACUUAACAAUUACAUGGACCAACAAAAAAUGGUAGAAGGAAAAAAGAACGCUAUUAAUGAAAUAAUUACGAUGGUUGACCAUUUAGAACAAUCAUUAGUUGUGAACGCCACACAAAAUGAGCCUGUAUUGGAAAAGUUGAAAGAUGACGCCAGCGAAUUAUCAGACUACAACGAACGCCUAUCCAAUAAUGUCCAGCAUGUUUCAUCAAGAUUCCAAACAAUUCAGAGAAUGUUGAAGGACUUGUUGAAAAAAUGUCAACAAUCCGUCAACGAUCACAAAGCAUACUCGAAUAAAUAUACAGAAUUCAACGAUUGGAUAACUCAGGCAGAAGAUAAGCUCAGCAAAUGUCUGAACGCUUUGUCUUCCUUGGCUGUUCAAUCCGAAAUGACUGAUAAUUUGAAUAACUUGAAAAACUUGAUCGGUGAAAGACCUCAAGCGGUUUCUCUUCUAAAUUCAGUCGUAGAAUCGGGUGAAAAAUUAUACAAUGCUACCGCGCCAGAAGGUCGAGAAAUCAUCAGAACUCAACUAGAAGAAGCUCAAAAUCGAUUGGAUAAAUUAUUUGACCGUGCUACUGCCACCGAACGCGAUGUGCAGUCUAAAUUAUCAAGUUGGAGCGGCUUUGAGCAAUGUUUACUCGAUCUCCAAACGUGGCUGAAAGAAAUCGAAGCCACUUUGGCCAACGAACCACAACUCAAGUGCACCCUUGAUGAGAAACGAGCACAAUUACAGAAGUAUAGGGGUUUGUUGAACGAUGUUAAUCAACAUAAUCAAGGUUUCGUUAAACUCAGAUCUAUGUAUGAUGAAUUACCUCAAAAAGACGACGAUAUUAAAGAAACGCUCGAAUCCGUUAUUUCGAAAUACGAUGAUAUUGUCAAGAAAACUAAAGACCUAGUAGAUCAGUAUGAAAGAAUUGUUGAUGAACAUCAACAUUACUGCAAAGCGAUUAUGGAAGCUCAGGAAUGGUUAGAUGCUACGAAUAACACAGUUAUAUUAUGGAGUGACUUGGACCCUGAAAGAGUCUCCGUUGAAAAUAAUCUGGAAAAAUUAAAAAAUCUAGAGAAAAAGUUACCUGAAGAGAAGUAUAGAAUUGAUGAAAUUUGUAAUUACGGAGAGAAAGUUUUACCUGGAACGAGUGAUGAAGGUAAAACCAACAUCACCAAGCAAAUUGAUACAUCUCAACAAGACUGGGAAAUUUUGUCGACAUCUGUAAGGAAUGCAAUUACCGUUUUGCAAACCAAAUUACAGCACUGGGGUGAAUAUGAAGCAUUGAGGGAUGAAUGUAUGUCUUGGUUAAGAGACACCGAUUCAAUCGUUCAUGCUAUAGAUUUAAAAGCCACUCUCGAUGAAAAACGCGAACAAUCUGAUUUACUCAAGAAAUUGCAAGGUGAAGUUAGAGCUAAAGAAAUCGAAAUAGACUCGCUGAUGGAAAAAUCUCAACAUCUGUACAAAAGUUCUUCCAUACCACGUUCAUUUUCCAUCACUGAAAUAGGUCAAAAAUAUCAUCAAUUAUCAGCUACCGUCAAAGAUUUGAACAAUCGUUGGCAACAAUAUCUAACCGACCAUCUGGAAUACGAAAAACAAAUAAAUGAGAAUGUUAGUUGGUUGGAUGGUAUCCGAAAUAAAUUGGAAUACUGUUCGGAUUUGAGCGCUUCGUCGCAAGAUGAUUUGGAACGUAAAUUGGAAACCAUACAAGACUUGAUUAUGUACAAAGAAGAAGGAUACGGUAGAAUGCAACGUUGUAACGAACAAGCUCACAUUGUUCUUGCAAAUACCGCUCCUUCCGGUCACGACGCUAUCAACUCGAAUUUACAAAAAUUACAAGAAGAUUGGAAUAUGUUGGCAGCCAAAAUGGUUGAAACAAAGAGAAUACUGGAUGAUUCGAUUUUGAAAUGGUUUGAUUUCCUGGAACAAGUACAACAGCUUCAUUCCGUUGUCGAAUUAUUAGAAAAAUCUAUCCCAGAACUGAGUCAGUUCCAAUCUACGUUACCCGAAAAACGUUCUCAAUUAGAUCAAAUAAAAAAAUUGGACGAAAGAACAAGAUCAGAAACUCUCGAAGUGGAUGCUUUGAAAGCUAAAGCCGAUGAAAUGCUAGCCAGUGGACAACAGUCUCAUGCUGCUAAUCAAGCGAAGGAGAUUCUUGAUAAAUUGGACCACUUACAAGAUCAGUUGAAAAAAUUGGUUUUGGAUCGUGAAGAACAAUGUAAAGAUCACAAAGCGUACAAAGAUUCAACGGAAUCGUUGCAAAUUUGGUUGAAUCACGCUAAACAAAAAAUACCUUCCAUGAAAGAACGCUCUCUCAGCGAUAAAUUAGCCAUUGAAAACGUUUUAACUCCGCUGGAAAAUAUUUUGAACACCAAAGCUCAAGGCGAAGCUUUGUGGGAAAAUGUUAAAUAUAAAAGCGAAAUCGUCAUUCCCAGUACAUCGGAUGAGGGCAAAAAAAUCAUUAAGAAGGAAGUUUCGGAUUUAACCAACGGUUUCAAUUCCUUCUUCCAAGAUGUGAAUAAUCAAAAAGCUCAAUUAGAAGAGAUCAUCAUUCAAUGGAGAGCAUAUAAAGAAGAAUAUGAACGUAUUUCGGAUUGGUUGCAAAAAAUAGAAGACGCUAUUAAAAUGCAUAAAACUACCCUGUUUUCCAAUGUCCCUGAAAAAGAGAACCAAGUAGCUGAAGUUCAGAAACUUUACAAAGAACUUGACGAUGGCCAGUCGCAGAUAGAAAAAUUCAACAAUACUGCAGCCGUAUUAUUGGCUUCUCAUUUAGAUACUUAUGUUAAUAAUCAGCUACGUCAUUUAAAUUCGAGAUACCAGGUUCAAAUGAAUAUAACCAAGGAUGUCUUGAAAAAAGUAGAAACCAAUUGCGAACAACACAAAGAAUUCGAAUCGUUACUUUCUCGAGCUAAAGUAUGGAUAGAAACGGCCAAACAAACCGUCAAAGAAUGCAGCGAAGUACCAUCUAGCAGUACUCACGAAGAAUUGCAAGAAAAAUUGGAUCGCAUUCAAGAAUUGCUUCGCGAACGUGACGAUGUCCAAAAUCUAAUCCAUUCUACUGUCAAUAGCGGUGAGAAGGUGUUACGUAACACAAGAGCUGACGGCAGAGAUGUCAUUAAUGAAAACCUGAAGGAAAUCCAAGCCGAUUGGGAUCGACUUAAUCGUAAAAUCUUGACUGCCAAAGUUCAACUGGAAACCAGCUUGUUGCAAUGGGCUGAUUAUAGUUCGUCUUAUUCCCAACUUCAGCAACUUCUCUCUGAAAGAGAAAAUAAAUUACAACAAGUUUGCGAACAAAAGAUCUCGAAAGCUAAGGUGAAAGACGUCGAAUCCGGUAUUGUGAACAGUUCUCGCUUGGGAAAGAAAAAAGACAGAUUACGUGAAACUAAUAACAUAGUUCGAGACAUCGCCAGUAUCGAACCUAUGAUUCAGUCAGUACAUGUUAGAGCUGGCGAUUUACAACAGGCUGUGCCCGCAUCGGAAAUCUCUUCAAAAUAUGAAACUCUUUCGAAACAAGCCCAAGAACUUUACCAAAAACAGAAGGAAGCUAUCGAUAGUCAUCAACAGUUUAUUGACGCGGCUCUGAUAUUUACUCAAUGGUUACGAAACGCUCGCGAUCGUUUGAGUAAAAUUUCUGAUACCACUGGGGACAAAGAAGCGCUGAGUGGAAGAAUGACUCAGCUAACGAUUUUACAAGGCGAGUUGCCCGAAGCGCAGAAAAAAUUAGAAACUGCUCUCAGAUUCGGAGACGCUGCUUGCACCAAAGCUGAUGAACAUGAAAAAGAAGAACUCGAAGAAGAAGUUGCAUUAUUGCAAGAAGAAUACGAUAACUAUACUGAAGCUUUGGUUCAAAUGAAAACAUCCCUUGAGCGUGGCAUUGCUAAAUGGUCAGAAUUCGAAGAUUACCAAAAACGAGCCAAUAAUUGGUUAAUUGAAGCCGAAAAAUUGGUGCAGUCGUUCAAUAAACUUAAACCUAAUUUGGAAGAAAAGAAAACUGUUUUGGAACAAUUUCAAGUUCAUCUUGAAGCUCUAUUUGAUUGGCAAAAAGAGCUUGAUGAACUGAAUGUUAAAGCUCAGGAACUGUUGAAUAUCUGUUCGGAUGCAAGAGUGUCCAGCAUGGUUACCCAAAUGUCGACUAAAUACAACGCUUUACUUUCCAUGGCUAAAGAAACCAUGCGUAAGUUGGAACUUCAUUAUCAAGAACAUCAGCAACUUAAUUCGCUGUAUCAAGAAUGUCUAGAUUUUGUUGCUCGAACUAAAGAAAAGAUAACUGAAUGUGAAGAUCUACCGAAUACGUUGACUGAAAUUAAUAAUAAAUUACAAAUGCUUAAAACAAUCAAGAACACUUUAGAACAAGGUCAAAAUAAAUUACGUUAUGCUUUGGAGCUCAAAGAAAAAGUUAUUCUUAGUACUGAACAAACCGGAGCUACGAAAAUUGUCGACGAUAUCGAGUCUUUGAAGGGAGAAUUUGACAAGUUGAUGAACGAUGUUCAGGAUCUAAGACAGAAAUUAUCAGUUCGUGCUACCCAACUUGAAGAAGUCAACAAAGUUUACAUCUUGUUAUCCGAUUGGCUGAAAGAUGUUGAACAAAAUAUCAAAAGAGAUCAAGGUGAAGGGCCAUUCCGCGAUUUCAGUGAAAAGAAAACAGCGUACGAUAAGUUUAAAUUGAUACACGCGGAUAUUCAGCAACAUUCUGAGAUGAUUGAUCGCUUGAAAGGAUUCCUAGCUGAUGACAGUUCUUUAUCUAAUAAAGAUUUCCAGGAAGUCUUCGAUAACUAUGAAAGCGUUGAAAAACACGUGAAAGACGUUAUCGAUAAACUGAAUAAGAGUGUUAAAGAUCACGAAUCUUAUCGCGAGCUCCACGACAAAGCUUUGGAGUGGAUUAAAGUUACGAAAAUUCAAGCUCAGUCGUAUACAGAUUCUCAUGGGAAGAAAGAAGAUGUGUUGGAAAAAUCGGACAGGUUAUCCAAGUUGAAAGAAAAACUUCCUCAUGGUAAUGACUUGAUCGAAAAAGCCAAACAACUUAGCACCGUUGUAAUUGAAAACACAGAUUCUGAAGGCAGCGAUAAAAUAAGACAAGAUAUUGAACAUUUGGAAAACGAAAGAGACGAAAUCAAUAAACUUAUCGAAGAAAACGAAGAUACUUUAUCGAAAUGUGUCGUAGCAUGGGAUAAUUUCCUUACUGUUUUUAAUGCUUUAUCCGAAUGGCAAAACAGUGUCUUGAAAAAAGUCAACGAAAUCAGCAAUCGAGACAUGAAAGCUUGUACUACGAAAGAUUUAGAUGACUGUAUUGUUUUAAUGGAUGAAGUAAGCGAUCAAAAAGUCCCCGUCGAAGAAUUAGCCGAUAGAUGCGAAACACUGAUGGAGCUUUCAGCUUAUACCCCUGUUAGAGAUGAUACACUACAUGUCCAGACAACGUACACUACUUUGUUAACCAACGUUCAGAGCCUCGUAUCGAAAAUCGAAAAGAAUAUUUCCGACCAUAGCGAAUUCACGAAGGCCAAAGAAAGCUUACAAGACUGGAUCAAAGAUACUCGAAAGGACAUUCAAAGUUGUGUUGGAGAAGGUGAUCUAUCUUGGGUCAAUGAUAAAACGAAAACCCUUAGUGCAGUUUCCCAACGUUUACCCGAAGGUGAACAAUUAUGGAACUCGAUUCAAGAAAUAUUUACGAAAGCGCUGAAUGCUUCUCCGGCCAAUAAUCAAGUUUCUCUGAGAGAUGUCAUGACUGAACUUCGAAACGAUUGGACUUUACUCAACAACGAGUUCAGUUCAAUUUCCGGUCACUUGAAAGUAUCUAAAACUCGAUGGGAAGAUUUCAAUGAUUCCAUUGAGAAAUUCAAAAAAUGGCUCAUUAACGCUAAAGAAAAUGUUAAAAAACAAGAAACAAAAUCUGAGCUUUCUGAAAUGAAGACUCAAUUAGAAAAAAUGAAAACUAUUCACGAAGAAAUCUCGAGUAAACGAAUCGAUGUUGAUCAUUUGCUGAAAGAAAGUGAAGUGCUAUCUUCGUGGGCUAAAAAUGACAAAGUUAAAAAAGAACCCGAAACUCUACAGAAGAAUUGGCAACAAUUACUUGAAGAGUGUUCCAAGAACGAAAAACAACUAGAAUCUGAAAUACAAGACUGCUCUAAUUAUCACCAAUCUUUACAAGAUUUGGAAAAAUGGGUAUUACAAAUGUCCUUCCAAUUGAUGGCUCAUAAUUCGUUGUAUAUUACUAAUAAAGCUCAGACAGAGGAACAAAUCUCUCAACAUAACGAAUUAUUACAAGAGAUUCUCAGUUAUCAAAAAGUAAUCGAGGAUGUAAAAGAGAAAGGAAAUCAACAGAUUGAUCGUUACGAACCGGUCAAUCCAGCGAUUCGAGAUGUUAUCGAACAACAACUUAGUAAUGUACAAGACAGUUACGAUUCAUUGAUUAAGACGGCUAACCAGAUCAAGGCUCGUUUGGAAAAUUCAUUAUUGAAAUUCCAAGAAUAUGAAGAUACAUUGGACAGUAUUUGGAAGAACUUGGAUGAAUUAGAGACAUCGAUUAAUAUCGAUAUUGACGUACCAACAGAUUUAGGCAAAGCAAAAAUAUUAUUGGAGUCUAUGCGAUUACUCCAUAAUAAAUUACAAGCGGAAAAAACACGAUUAGCUCAUGCUGUUCAGAAUUGCGAAGCAGCUAUUGCUUGCGUUUCCCGACCUGGUAGUCCUACUGGAGCUCUUCAUCCUCCAGUUUUCGACAAAGAAAUUACCGUUCGAUUGAGACUCGAAGAUAAUAUCGAUCAGCCUCCCCUUGGAAAUAUUUUGUCGAUUGAACCUUCUCCAAGAAUUGUGAAAUUAUUAAACGAUGCUGAGUCUACUGGUAUUGUUGAGAAACUUAAUAACUAUUCCACUCCCGUUCAGAAUCACCUGUCAAUGUUGACGAAAACUGUGGCUCAGCUGGAAGGAGCGGAGAAACAAAAAGACGAAUUAUUAGACUGGAUGAAAGAACAAACUACUAUCGUAGCGGAAUGGAAAUCAAAACCAGUGAAAUUACGUGUCGAAGCAAACUCCCCCGAGCUGUCGAAUAUUCAAUCAAUUAUUCCUUUGGUCGACGAGAAACGCAAAGAAAUUCCUGAUUUACCAGAUGAUGAUGAAUUAUCGAAACAGUUAGAUUCCUUGGAAGAAUUUAUCAACGAUACCUUGACUACAAAACGUAACCACAUCAAAGAUAUUGAAGAAUUCAACUUAUGUAUGGCCCAUCUGCACCAUUACUACGAUGAAAUUAUAAAGAAAAUAGACGCUACCGAUUUGGGAUGUGGUUUAACUUGCAAGCAAAAAUUAGACACGUUGAAAAAUUUACAAGAAAAUUUCGAAGAUGAAAGCUCGAAGAAAAUGGCCGAUGUAACAUCGACUGCUGAGAAAAUUUCUAAACAUGUUAAUAAUUUCGAUGUUAAGCAAGUUGAAGAUCAAACUAAAUCAUUGCAACGCCGCCAUAAAGAUAUUCUUAAACGCCUGGAGAGGAAACUCAACGGUUUAGAUUCAACGAUUAAAAUUUACGAUGUUAUUACACAAGAAAUCGCUGAUACCCGUAAUUGGAUCAAAGAGAAGAUAACAGCCCUUCAAAAUCCUCCUCAUUUGGGUUACGAAUUAGCAGUUGUUGAGAAAUAUAUUCAAAGUCUGAAGGCUGUGAUGAAAGAAAAGAACAGUAAACAGGUGCUUUUAAAUUCUCUAGUGAAAAAAUCCAACUCACUUCAGUCGCAGCUAGAACCUGCCGAAUUCGAGGUUUUAGAAAGUAAAGAGUUGAAAUCACUGGAAUCCGAAUUGAACGAAUUAAAUGACAAAAUUUCCACUGAGAUGACGAACGCUGAAAAAUACAAAAAUGCUCGAAAAGAAUUCGAAGACUUGUUGGCAUUCUGCCAGACUUGGCUGAAAGAGAAAUCUGGCGAUGGAUUUAUUCUGAAACACGAACCUCUAUCGUCUUCAGCUGUCCAACAAGCUCUACAAAAUUUGAAGAACUACGAAUCAACCUUUAUAUCAUUUGAAACUGAAGAGCUUGAUCAAUUGCAAAAACAAUCCGGUGCUUUGCUCAAAGACUGCAGUAAAGAAGAUUCCGAUAAACUGAAAUCGUUACUGGAAGAUGUGUCUACAGGCUUCGAUAAAUUAUCCAACAAGCUAGCGCCACAGCUCGAAAAACUCGAAAAUUUGAUAAUUAAUCGUAAAGGUUUCGAAGCCGAAGUGGAAAGUGUCACUAAUUGGCUCAAUAAUACGGAAAAUCUACUCAACACUGAAUUGAAGACUACGUCCUUGAAUGUAAUUCAGGAACAAUUGAAUCAGUUCACCAAUUUUGAAACAUCAAUUGAUGAAAUCGGUUCACAAAUUGAUAAACUAUUCAAUACAUCCUCUGAAAUGAAACUCAACAACCUCGACAGCAUCACAGUUACAGAUAUGUUAUCCUUGAUCAAGACAAGAUAUACUCGUGUCCUUAAUGGAAUGAAAGAUCGCCGCGCUCAUCUCGAGAAGAUGCUCGAAAAACACAACGACACUCAAAAGAAAAUCGAGCAAACCUUAGAACUGAUUAAACGAGCCGAAGAAGAGAUGAAAGAACUUAAUCAGCCCAUUGGACGUAACGUUGAAGAUGUUUAUGAAAGAACUGCCGCCUAUCAGAAUUUAUUAUACGAACUGAAAAAUUGGCGAACUGGUCUAAGUGACGUUGACGGAAUCACUGAGAUACAAAACGUCACCCAUCAAGUAGACGAUUUGAUCUCAGCUGUAGAAAAACGUAUCGCCAAACUCAAACAAGCUGUAACAAUCAGAGAACAGUUUAUCGAUCUUGUUUCAGACAUCAACAUGUUUAUCACUAAAUAUACCGAAGUUAUUAGAGAAAUCGAACGACCCGGUUACACGAUCCAGGAUAAAAUCAAAAAAUACGAAGAUGUUAUCGCCAAGAUACAAGAAUACGAAGCUAAAUUGUUGUCGGCUUCCGAAAAAGGCGAACAAAUCGCCAACGAAGGCACCGUCAUCGAUCGCAAUAAUAUUAUGGAACAAUUACAGCAACUUAAACAGCAAUUGCUUACUUUGCGUAAGACUGUCGAGCAACAAAUUCAGCAUCACGCAGCUACUGCUGCUGAGCAAGCAAAAUUAGUACAAGAACUGGAAGAGGUUAUCGAAUGGUUUUACGGACGUGAGGCUCAAGUUCAAUCUCGUCCUUUGCUUUUGAUAUCUAUCGACAGUGUCAACGAAGAGAUCGAUAAACAUCAGGAGUUGAAAGAUGAAAUUGAAAAACAGCUGGCUCGUAUGAAAACCAUCAAAGAGACAAUUCAAGGUAGUGAUGCUGCAUCGAGUGCUGUAAAGGAAAAAUUAAGCGAGGCUCAAGUUCUACUGACUAGAUUACCGAUCGAAUUACAAAAUCGAGCCGAUUACUUGCAAACCAAUCUUAACUAUCGAGUCGAAUAUGACAACUUGAGGGAGAAGUUUUUCGAAUGGAUUAAUUUAGCUGGCGAAAAAUUAAACGCCAAUGAAAAAGGAAUCAAUUUGGAUACUGUCCAGUUGGAUUUAGAAGAUCAUAUUGCCUACUUCAAUAAUGAAAGCAGUAUUCGCGAAUUAAUUAGCGAAAAUAUUCAAAAUUGUAGUGAUCUCAUUAAAGUAUCUCUUACCCUCGAAGAACAAGAAGAACUCGCUAUGAAUCAGCAACAGCUUCUUCAAAUACUUAAAAAUACGCUUAAUAGUGCCCGGUCUAAACAAGCUACCCUUUCUCAAGCUAACGAAUUAUGGAAAGAAUUUACCGCUAUGAUCAAUCAAAUUGAAUUGGUUAUAUCUAAAGCGUCUCUAGUCGAAGAACCAAUUUGUAAUUUGUCCGGUUUACUAUCAAAAAUGCAAAAAAUUACAAAUGUAUUGGACGAUAUUAAGAGUCAUCAUACCUUAUUAGACUCGUUAGCAGAAAAAGGCGAAGAGUUGAAGAAAAUAUCGAACGAAAAAAGUAAACAACAGGUUACCUUGAAUGUUGAUGAAAUCACCGCUAAAUGGAAUGCUUUCGUUGAAUCCCUAGAAAGUCAAAGAGAUGAUCUGAAUAAGUUAGGCGAAGAAUGGAACGAUUUUGAGUCAAAUUUACAAAAUUUCGAAUCUUCUGUUCAAUUUAUGGAAGAUAAUUUGAAAAAUGUCGAUUUAAUUGUUCGUAGCAAACCAGAUAUAAUAAAAACUAAAGAAACUUUACAGAAUUAUUUGAUCGAAUCAGAAGGUUUCAUUUCAUUAUACGAUGAGACUGUAAAAUCGUCGAAAAAUAUUCUAGCUUACUUAGAUGAAAAAUCUGAAGAUGGAUCUACUAUUUAUCAGAAUAAAAUCAAAUCUGCUCAUUUAGCAUAUCAAACAUUAAUACAAAAAUUGAAACAGAACAUUUCUAAGGUCAUUGCAGAUUUAGAUAGCUUCAUUGCUAUUGAAAAAGUCAUCGACGAUUUGAACUCGGAGUUACAAUCUUUGAAGACCGAAAUCGAAAGUCUUAGUGUGUUUGGAACAGAUUUACCGAAUAUUGAAGAAUCGUUCAAGAUCAUCGAAAACAAAGUACGAGAUAGAUCUCAUCGAGUAAAAGAUCUCUGCUUGGAUACCAGGCAUUCGUAUACAACUUCUCAAAAACUAGUACCCGAAGAUAUCAAUAAAAAACUAACAUCAUUGGAGUUAUUCGCUGAACAAGUGAUGAGUCUGAUGGAGGAGAAGAGCAAGUCAGUGAAACGUGCUCGAACAAUUCGAUUCGAGUAUAAUUCCUGUGUAGAUAAAAUACAAAAAUGGCUGCAAGAAGUAGAAGUAAAGGUUCAAGACAGAAUUAUCGAAGCAUCUCAAUUAAAGCAAAUCUUGCAACAAUUACUGAACGAAGCCGUAACGAUGAACGAUCACCUGGAAAAAGCCUCGGCCAAUGGUAAACAAAUUAUCGAAAGCUCCAAGGACGACAGCGAAAAACAAUUUAUUAAUAAAACAUUAGAUUCAUUGAGCCAGGGAUUAAGCGAAACAAAAACUCUAAUCGAAGAUAAAAAGAAACAGGUUGAUAAGUCGGUAGAAGCGUGUGAAAGAUUUUUGAACCUAUACGAAAUCGUCAUCAAAUGGAUCGCUGAGAAUAAAACUUUCACUUCCGAAAUCUUAAUUUUGAGCACGUUAUCUCAAACAAAACAAAAAUUACAAUUGUAUUCGAAUGCUGCCAAAAGUUGUAAGCAAGCUACGAAAAAUGUUAGUGAUAUGAGUAAAGAAUUAGAGACUAUUUUAGUUACCACUGAUACGACUAAAUUACAAGAAAAAAUGGACGAAGCUAAAUACGUUUACGAUAUCGAAGCUAUUCUAUUAGAAAAGACUGCCUUAUUAUCCGAAUUAGCCGAAGAAUGGGAACAAUGCGAGAAAAAAAUGAAAGAAGUUAAAGUAUUCAUCGAUAAAACGAGAGAAACUUUAGAUGCACCGCCGCCUAAAAAACGAACAUUACGUGAUCAAUUAGCCAAUCGAGAAAAAAUUAUUGCCGAUAUUACGAUUCAAUCAAAUAAAAUAAGCAUGUCCAUUGAAAAAUUAGAGGUUCAUUUUCGAUCGUCACAAAUUAGAGGAGAUGGUAGUGUACGAAAAGCAGUCGACGAAUUACUCAACGAGCUUAAAUCUUUAUCCGCUGUUGUUCAAGAACAAGUACAUUCCACUCAACAAAGUCUCGCUCAAAUCGAUACCUACCAACAAGAAAUUCAACAAUUACAUUCUCAAAUUGUACAUAUCGAACAACAAUUACGACUGGUCCAAAGUCCACUCUAUCAAUCUCAAGAAAAAGACAAAGCUAUUCAAGAACAAAAUGAUUUGCAACGUGUCUUGAAAACGUUUCACCAUAGAGUACGAUAUCUGGCCAGAUUGAUACUUCAAAUCGAUUCUAAUUACACGUUUAAAUUCAAACUCGAAAGAUUAGAUUCGUGCGACGAAAACGCUCUGUCGUACCAAUCCACUUUCUCAGACAUCCACUUACCUAAUUUAUUCAUAAAAGAAGAUUCCGAAACUCGUCUCUCAGUCGAAUUCGAAACUCCCAUUAUUGACUCUACCAAAGAUACUACCCAUUUUCCUACUAUUAUGGUCAGUGAUUUGGGUGAAGAGAAGCAGGCCAUCGAAAGAGGUAGAAAAUCACGAUUGUGUUCUUUCAACGAAGCUAAAAAUCUCCUCGGUGCUGGAUUAAGUAGUAAAACAAGUCGAUCGUCUAGUCCUGUCUGGAUUCCUGGUGAAACUUCAUCGUAUGCUGAAGUUGUUCGAAGUGGGUCCGUUUCCAGAAGCGGAAGCCGUUGUACGUCGCCGGAAAAUAUGUCGCAGAUCCAGUUGCAGAAUGUCUCCGCGUAUGUUGAUCGUGAUUUUGUUCGAGCUGAUCAUAAACGAGAAACUCAAGAUCAUGAUUUUAUAGAACAUUCGCCUUUCGAGGGUGCCGGUAAACAAAAGAAGCAAAAAAGUGAAAAAUCCAAGCGCUGCGUCAAUAAAAACGAACAAUUUUCUCUCUCAGAAAAUCAACCAUUGAUGCCUGAAAUGUACAACGUAAUUCGUAGCCCUGAAUCAGAAUUUUCGGUUCCUUUUACCAACCUGUCUGGAAGUAGUUAUCCCCCUGCAUCUACUUUUUCUGAAAUUCCGUACCAGAUUGCUGCAUGUUCUCAAACAAGCGAAAAUCAAGGCUCACAUGAUUCAUUCACUAUUCCUGAUACUGUCUAUGACGAGUGUUACAGGUCAAAUAUUAGAUCAUUGACUGAAAUGAUCGACGAUAAAAAUGAUAACGAGGCUAGUUCUCGUUCAGUAUUUUCUGAAAUCAUUACUAAAACCACAAUUACUCAAAUCACCGAGAAAAUUAUCACAAAAAGUGAAGAAGUUCGAAAUGAAAAGUUCCCAUCUGAUCAGAAUGAUGUGAUCAAAGUCCUGCCUGAUUCUGUACCAAAAAGUGAUGAAGAUACCAAAAAAUCUCGUAAGAACAAAAAGAAAGAAUCAAAAAACGUUGAACUAAAGACCCGAUUUGACCAAGCUGAAAAAUCGUUGAAGCAAAAUGAUGAUGUAUCUCAAUUUAUCGAAGAAUUUAAACCGCCUGUUUCUCAGUUUGAGGUGCCAAAAGACGAUAGAGAAGAGAAACCCUCAGAUCUGUCCCAGGAUACAAUUUGUGAAAAGCAAACGUCCGUCAUUACUCUUGCUUCCUUAGAUAUUUCUCCGUCAGAAAAAAAUAAGGUAGAGAGUUGUGGAAGCAAAAAGAAGAAGCAAAAAAACAAAAAAGCUACACAAAGUACUGAACCCAUUGCCAAUGAUGAAAUUUCUCCGAUUGAAGAAAAUAUUCACUCACCUAAACCACAGUUUGAUGCAAAAAAAUCUGAACCAAUUGCUGAUAAAAACAAAGAAGAAAGUUCUCUGGAAAAAACUGAUCAAAAGAGCGUUUCAUCUGAAGAUAAAAAAACAGCUGAUAGUCUUAGUGAUUGUAUUCGAUUGAGACCAGACAAACCAGAUGCUGGUCAAAAAUCAAAAAAGCAAAAGAAAAAAGAUUCAACUGAGGAAAUCACCAAACCAGAUUUGUUGAAAAACACUUUUGAGGAAAAUCAGCAGUUCAAAAAAGAUAAACUGACAGAAGUUGAUUCUAUAGAAAAAUCUGUGAAAAGCGAAACAGUUCAAAUUGAACUUUUGGAAAAAUCAACAAAAGAACAGAAAAUUAAAGCAGAUAAGCCCUCUCCAAAACUUGUCAAAGAAGACCUAAAAAUGAAACAACAAUCUGAGAAAAAUAAAUCUCAAAACAAGAAAAACACAGAUGACCUUGUAUUAGAAGUUGCCAAAAAUCUGGAGAAAAUUGAAAAAGAUUUAGCCAAAGUUGGUUCUGUGGAAAAACCUAAAAAGAAUAAAAAAGACCAAGAAAUUCAUUCAGAAGAAUUCGCAGAAAUUCAGCAAUAUCUCAAAACAGACGAAUCGUCACAAAAAUGUGCCAUCAAAGACUCAGAAACACAUCCGAAAUGUGUUGAUAAGGUCGAGUCUGUAGAAAAGAAGAUUCAUAAUACUGCUUCAAAAGUCGCAAAACAUCAUAAAGAUCUUGAAAAAGAUUCUAUCAAAAUUGGCUCAGAGAAAAAACCUACAAAAAACAAAAAGGAUGAAAGCAUACCAUCAAAAGAAAUUGUAAAUGCAGAAGAAUUAUCUCCAAAAUCACUGAAAGAAGACUCAAAAACCAGUUUGCAAUUUUCUGAAAAUCCCAAGGCUUCAGAAGAGGAGACUAAUGAAGUUGAUGUGAAAGUUACCAAAAAUCAAGUUGAACUUGAAAAGAGUUCUGACAAGGUUUCCGUGAUAAAAUCAAAAAAGAACGAGAAAGAUGGAACAAUGUUCCAAAAAGAAUUGUCAAAAAAUCAACAAUCUUUCAAAACAGAUGAAUUGUCACAAAAAUCUGCAAACAAAAACUUGGUAAAAGAUCAGAAACACGUUGAAAAGGCUGAGUCUACAGAAAACAAGAACACUGAUGAUGCUGUCAAAAAUCAUGAAAAGUUUGAAAAAGAAUCCACCGAAAUUGAUUCUGAGAAGAAAUCUACAAAGAACAAAAAAGAUGAAAUUAUGCCUUCCAAAGAAUUUGUAAAACCACAAUCUUCAAAAACUAAAGAAUCGUCACAAAAAUCCCUGAAAGAAGAUUUGAAAACCAACCUGCAAUUUCCUGAAAACUCCGAGUCUUUAAAGAAGGAGACGGUUGAAGUUGAUGUAAAAGUUGCCGAAAGUCAAGGAAAAUUUGAUGAAAGUUCUGGUAAUAUUUCUGCAAAAAAAUCGAAAAAGAACAAGAAAGAUGCAGUUAUAUUAUCAAGGGAAUUGGCAAAAAAUCAGGAAUUUUCCAAAACUGAUGAAUCUUUACAAAAAUCUACAGAUGACUCGAAAACGAAUCAGCCAAGUAUUGAAGAAACUGAGUCUACAGAAAAAGAUACCAAGGAUGUUACUUCAGAAGUCACCAAAAAUAAACCUGUCAAAACAAAUGAAUCAUCACAAAAAUCAUCAACAGCAAACUCGAAAACCAAUCUACAAUUAUCAGAGGAAAUCAACUUUACAGAAAAGAAAGAGGCUGAUGAAGUUGAAGUAAAAGUUGAUGAAAAUCAACAGAAAGUGGAAAAAAUUGAUACCAAAGUUUCUACAAUAAAAUCAAAGAAGAACAAGAAAGAUGAAGCCAUGUCCUCAAAAGAAUUGGCCAAAAAUCAGCAACCUUUCAAAACAGACAAAUCUUCACAAAAAUCUAAAAGUGACUCAAAAACGAAUCAGCAAUGCAUUGAAAAAGCCAAGUCCUCAAAAAUGGAGACUGAACAUGUUGCUUCAGAAGACUCCAAAAAUCAGCAACCUUUCAAGACAGACAAAAUGUCAAAAAUGUCUACAAAAGAAGACUUAAAAAUCAAUCUGAAAAUUGACUCUUCAGAAAAGAAAGAGACUGAUGAAGUUGAAGUAAAAGUUGAUGAAAAUCAAAAGAAAGUUGAAAAAAUUUCUCCUGAAGUUUUUGUGAAAAAAUCGAAAAAGAAUAAAAAAGAUGAAUUUGUGCCUUCAAAAGAAUUGACCAAAAAACAAUCUUCAAAUGAAUCAAAAAUAAAUCAGCAAUGUGUUAAAAUAAUUGAGUCCAUGAAAACAGAGACUAAAAAUGUUUUAUCACAACCCUCCAAAAAUCAGCAACCUAUCAAAACAGACGAAUCCUCGCAAAAAUCCGCUUACGAGGAUUCAAAUACAAAUGUUCAAUCUCAUGAAAAAACCAAAUCUCCAGAAGAAAGUAAGGUUGAUGAUGUGGACGUAAAUGUUUUCAAAAAUCAAGAGAAAGUUGAAAAGUGUUCUGCUGUGGUUGAUUCUGUGAAAAAUUCCAAGAAAUGCAACAAAGACAAAACAAUCCCUUCAGAAGAAUUGGCAAAAACCCAGCAAUCUUUGAAAACUGAUGAAUCCUCACAAAAAUCUAUCAUUGAGGACUCAAAAACAAGUGUGCAAUUUGAGUCACCAGAAAAUAAAGAGACAAAUAACAUUUCUCCAGAAAUAAUUAAAGAUGAUGAAAAACUUGAAAAAGAGAAGAAAAACAAAUCAAGGAAGAAAGGUGAAAAUAAAACUCCCAAAAAUCAGGAAAUAUCUAUUAAAAAUCAAUCUGAUGGCAAAUAUAAGCAGUCUAAUGAGAAAAAUGAAGAUAAAAUUGAAAAUGAAGCCCAAGUGGUCUCAAUCAAUCCAGCAAUAGAAUCUAUAGUUACAACAGAAACUGAAGAGGAAAUUGUAUUCAGCAAGAAAACCAAGUCUCAAAAAACGAUUAAAAUUGAAAAUCAAACUUCAUCAUCUGGAAAAAUUGAAGUAGAACCAAAACCUAUCAAUGAAAAAGAUUCAAAAAAAUCAAAAUCAAAAGAAAAAUCACAAGUUACCACAGAAGAAUCCUUUAAAAAUGAUGAUAUACCUUCUCAGCCUGUAAAAAUGACCCCUAAAGAAAAAAUUGGUGCUAAAAAUGGCAAUAAAUCAAUCGAUAUUUCAGAAAAAAUUGAAAUUCCUACAAAAACCGUCAGGUUUGAAACAACAGUUGCUGCAGAAGAGCCAAACAUUUCGAAGAAAACUGUCGUUGAAUUUGAUGGUAACAAAACAGAGAAGGAUAAAAUUGUUCAGAAAGCAAAUGAAGAAAUUAUUGUUGAUCAAACAGGCAUUGAAUUUGAAUCUAAACAAAUGGAGUUAUUGGAUGAGAGCAAGAACUUUUCUGAUAAAAGUUAUGAGCCAAAGGUAGCUGGAAAUCAGGAAACAAAUUCCAGUUCCAAAAAAAGUAAAAAUAAAUCUGGAAAGAGAAAUAUUGCUCAAGAAUCUGUACCUAUAACAUCUCAAUCAACAAAUGAUGUGGUCAGUGAACUGGCUGUCCCUACAGCCAUUGAGCUAGAUACUAUCAUAAUAAGCUCUGAAAAAGAAGGAAAGAUUCCUGAAGAAUUAUCAUCAAUAUCUUCUUCUUCUGGUGAUAUUUCGGGCAAUUUUGAAAAAGAAAGUCAGAAUGAAAUCCAUAAUUCCGCUAAAAUAACAAUUUAUGAAUCUAAAAGUGACGAAAUAAAAUUAGUAGUGGUGAAAAAAAAUGAAACAGAAAUAAAGAAAUCUGAGGAAAUACCUGUCUCUGAAAUUUCUUCAACUAAUGAAUCCAUAGCCCAGCCCUAUGUAAAGACUAUGGUUACCGAGGGCACAAACACAGAGCCUGUUAGCAAGAAAAAUAAAAAGACAUUAAAACCAGAGAGCAAAAAAAUUAUGGCUGCAAUGAAAGAAACGGUGACUCCUGUUGAGGAGAAAGUACCUGAUGAAAGCGUGGGCCCAUUGGGUGCUGAAACAAUAUCUUCUGUCAAAAUUGAAAAAGAAAACAUAUCUUCUGAUUCAAAGGAAGUUGUUAGUGAAAAUCCAAAUGUGGAAUCUGCUGAUAUAUCAUCAAUUCCAGAUGAAAUACCAACUAGAUUAAAUAUUUCCAAAAUAGAAAAAAAAUCUAAAAAUCAGAAACUUUCAUUCCCUACUUUGUUGGAAUUGGAAAAAACAUCUGAAAUUCCAAACGAAAAAACAGCAAAAAGUGAAUCGAGUGAAGCUAAACCUCUGGAUCAGAUAAUUUUAGUUCCUACAGAAACAGAACAAAUUGAAAGAGAAUUUACUGAAAACGCUUAUAAAACAACUACAGAUUUGAAGAAAGUAGUUUCAUCUCCAGAUGCAUCUACUUCCAAGCCUUCAAAAAUUAUCAGUGACAAACCUGCUGAAAAAAUAUCCAAAAAGAAUAAAAUAUCGGACAAAAAUGAAAUUUUACUUCCAUUAGCCUCAUCAGAGCUAAUUUCAUUGACAGAGAAAGUCCCAGAAGAUAUGGUUUCUACAACAUCCAAAGAUGAUGACAAUAUGGAAAUCCCACUGGAAGGAAAAGAGCAAAUGAAUGAACCAAUAAACAACACUGACAAAUUCAACUCAAAGAAGAAUAAAUCAAAAAAUAAAAAAUUUGAUUCCAAGAAGUUACCUAAAGAUUUACUGGAACAAAACCCAAAAGAUGUUGUAGAGUCUGUUAAUGACAUUAUAGCUGAUCAGCAAUCCCUUGAUGCGGUUGGGAUAGUAAACAAGUCUGUUGAAAAAUCACAUGAAAUGCCUGAAGAAACACCUGAAACUGCAAUUUUGAAAACUCACGAAGAAAAAGAUAUUGUGAAAUCCACUCAAACAAAUAACGAUUUUACAAUUUCGGAAACUAACUCUAAACCUCAGAUUUCAACCAACAUUGUAGUAUCUUCAUCAGAACUAUUGAUACCAUGCUCUUCCAAAAAAUCCAAAAAAGAUAAAAAGAAUUCAAAAGAUUUAAAAUCCAACUCAGCAAAAUUUUCUGCGAAUUUCAAGCCUACUGAGCUAGAAGUAACAUCUUCACAAACCAACCCUUUGUCUGAGGUUGUUGAUUUGAAAACUGAAGAAAAUGAAUUUGUAUCAUCUGAGGUUCCUCAGUCAACAAGAUCUAGGGAUGAAAGAAUUCCAGAAGAAAAAUCUUCAGUAUCUUCUUCAGAACCACCAAUGCCGGAAUUUUCCAAAAAAACAAAAAAAGAUAAAAAGAAUUCAAAAGAUUCGAAAUUCAACUCAGCAAAAGCCAAAGUUGAAGAAAAUGAACUUGCAUCAGAAUCAAUUUCUUCUGAGGUUCCUGAAUCAAAAAAAUCUGGGGAUGAAAAGAUUUUAGAGGAAAAACAAUCAGAGAGGUAUUGUGAAAAACCUAUAAUUUCAGAUUCUCUAAAAAUAGAUGAACCUUCAGUGACUGUUCAAACCCAAAUUUCUCAAACUGGUAAAAAGAAUAAGAAGUCAAAGAAAAAUAUUUCAGAAGAAACUCAGCAAAAGGAAUUAAUAACCUCUGAGAAAAAAAUUGAUGAAUCAAUUGUUGAACUAACAAAGCCUGAAUUGCUUCCUGAUGCAGGCUCUUCAUCUCAGAUUGAUAUUUCUACUGAUGACUUCCAAUGUAUUGGUGUUUCAAAUGAUGUAACAUUGAAAGAAAGUGUGAAACAGUUGAAAACUUCAACAAUAGUAGAAGAAACUAUUGAUCCCAUUCUUCCUCAAUCCAAAAGACCAAACAAGAGAACUAAAAAUCAGAAAUCGCCUGAUUUACCAAAUACUAGGGCUGAAGAAAGAAAUUCAAAGCAAAUCAAAGAAUCUACUGCUUCUCAAGAUUUACCCCAAAAAAUACGUGAGGUUAAUAACGCAUUAUUAGAAAUGGAUAAAUUGUUGUCUGAUACUUUAAGACCUGAAAUAGGAGAACCACAAGAGCCGGAAAAGUCCAAGCAGUAUGCAAAAUCUGUACCUAUUAAUGAUGAAAUUGGGAAGCAUACAAAAUUGAUGGAUGGUGACAUAAAAUCGCCUCAGAUCAAACAAAUUUCAAAUGAAAUUCUUAAGAUUGAGGAAAAAGACCCAUCAUCUACAACUGACUUGUUGAAAUCAUGUAAAAUUUCCAGUCCCCCCUUUACCAUUGUAGAAACAACUUCUGAGCUACUUUUAUCUACACAACACUUGGAAGAAGAAACAGCAAAAGAAAACUCCGAAUUGCAGUAUAAAUCUUCAAAACUUGAUUCAAAUGAAAAAACUGUUGAAUCAAAAAAUGAAAACAAAAUUUUGAAUCAACCUUCUUCAUUUCCAAAUAAUGAAGUUUUUCCAUCAAAUAAGUCUAGAGAUAAUAAAAAGAAAUCUAAAAAAUCUGACAAAAAGUCUUUUUAUCCAGAGAAACUGCAGGAUGUUAAAACUGAGAAAGAUGAUGAGAAAUUUGCUGAGAAUUUACUUGAAACAGAUAUCAAAUCUGAUUUGCAGACAGAAAUCCGAGAACAAAUAUUUUGUUCAGAGAAGAAAUCUUCAGAUAUUGAAAACCUGUUCUCCACAACUUCAAAAUUGGAAUCGUCUAAUAAAGAAUCACAGAAUUGCGAAUUUACACCUACAAUUAUUGAUUCAACAGCAUCAGACAUGAAAUUUGAACAAAUCAUAGAAACUGAAAAAUUGAAUGAUGAAGUUUUCAAUAAAUCUGGUACUUUGAAGAACACAAUUACCAAAACCAUACUUUCUGAAAACGAUGUCCCCAUUCCACAAACAAAAGAGGUUUCAAAGAAAUGUAAAACAAACAGAGAACAAAAAGGAAAAAAUUAUCAGCUUGAACCAAAGAAGGAUGACUCUCAUGAAGUUCCUGUUUCUCUUGAAACCAAAGAAAUUGUUGAAAAAGUAUUAGAAUCUGAAACUAUCUCCGCAGAUGAAGCAAAUGAGCCAAAGAACAAAAUUAAAGAGUCUAUAAUACCUGAACAACCUAUAAGUUCUGAAGAUAAUGUUGAUAAACCAAUUUUGUCAACUGAAAAAUCAGUUGCAGUUAUCCAACAAAAUGAUAUUCUUCCAACAAAAAAAUCUGACAAAGACUACAAGAAAAAAUCAAAAAAGAACAAAAAAGUUACAGAGGAUGAGAAAGAUACCUCAGAUGUUUCCAACAAUUCAAGUUCAGAUCAAUCAAAUAAAGUUACAUCCAAAAUUGAGAAAGAGGUUUGUGAUAUCUCUGAAAAAAAUACACCAAUUGAAGACAGCAAAUCAUGCACAGAUAUAAAAUCCGAACCUGCAGCAGAGACUUGUGAUAUCACUUCUGAAGUAAGCAUACAUUCAGAAAGUUGCCCUGCUGUUGAUUCUAAUGAAACAAUUGAUAAACUUUUGCCAGAUUUCACAUUACCAGAAAAUUUGAAAACAACCCCAUUGGGUAAGAAAAAAAAUAAAAAAUCAGGCAAGUCUGUUCUUGAAAGUUUGACUGCUCUUCAGACUGGAAAUGUAUCUGUGGAUGUAGUUACAGGAUCUGAUGAUAAAACUGAUUCAUUGAUACCAUCCACUGUUGCACUCUCAUGUGAAAUUAAAGAAUCCCCAAAAGACACAUUUUCAAAAAAAUCCAAGAGCAAAAAAAAAUCUGGAAAAGUAACAAUCAAUGCUGUUCAAGAGAAAUCAAUACUUGGUUUAUCUACUGAUCUAGAUUCAAAUGAUGAUAAUACAAAAAAUGUUGACGUAGCUACUACAGAAUUCCCAUCUACAACUUCUGACAAUACUAAAAGUGAAACCUCCGAAUCACAAUCUAAAAAAGUGAAAUGUGUCAGCUUCAGUGACACAGAAGAUAUAAUUGAAAUCGAACCAUUUGUAGGGGAAUAUUCUUCUUCUCUAGAUCCACUGAGUAAUGAUUCGACAGAAACUGAUAAAAUUGUUGAUCAAUCUGAAAUCAGCAUUGAGUCUGAAAUCCAAGAGCAACCUCCUGUUGCACCCAAAAGAAAGUUGAGAAAAUCCAAAUGUGUAAUUGAGUCUUCUCAAGACCAUAGUCCUCCGUCAUCAACACUUUCAGAUACAUUAGAGCCCAGUAUAAAGUUAUGUGAGAUCUUUCAAAUACCCAAAAUGGAUUUUUCUCCAGAAGGCUCAAAACAUGACUUUGAUGAAGUAUUUGUCGAAUCCAUCCCUGAAACAGAAGUACCAGAAUUCCAAGAACCUCCACCUGUGGCUCCUAAACGAAGACCAAAAAAAUCAAAAGAUAAACCUGAAAUUCAACCCGAAGAUACGACCUCUGAGAAAUUAGAAGUGGAUCAAGCAACUUCAGAGUCACUUGAAACUCUCGAUUUCAUAAAUACAGAACAAACAUGUUUAUUGGAUAACAGUGUCUUGAAAUCAAAACGAAAUUUAAAAAAGCGAAAGCCCAAAAAAGACGAAUCACAAGCAUCAGUUUCUGAAGACAGUAUCUUCGAAGAAGCUGAUCUGAUCAAAGGUUGGUUGACCAAGCAAAGCACAAUCAUUCAGAAACCGCCUGAACCGACUCCACUCACAUCUGUUUCCCUGCCUGAAAUUGAGUCCUCAAGUAAAAAUACUUCACCCAGAUUGAGCAUAGACUCUGUUUACUCGAAUCCACCAAGUCACAGGCCUAGUAUAGAAGGCAUAUCACCUGAUAACAUCAUCCUAGAAGCUCAGUUGAAUGGGAUAUUUGGCUCAGUUAUGGACAAACAUUACAGAAUGCCAGAACUUAGUGAUAAUGAUAAACCUAAUGUUCUGCCUGCAUCAUUAGAAACUGAAGUGAAAAACAUUUUCAAAACUGAUAAAAAAUCUAAAAAUAAAAAGAAAGAAAGUUCCAGUCAAGUGUUUGAAACUGUAUCAUUAUCCCCAAAACCAGACACCCCCAAAAUAUCACAAUCUUUACCAAGUUCACCUCAUAAAUUGAUGCAUACAUUGCCUCAAUAUUUUGUAAAACCUACUGGUGAGGUUAUUAGAGAAUUUCCUUCACUGCCACAACAGUCCAGUGACCCUGGAUUUUCGUAUGUAACUGACGAACCUAAUAUUGAAAUGUGGUUUGUUAAAGAUGAUAAACCAAAGAUUACUUCUCCUACAUUAGAACAUACUGAAAAACUAGAACAUCCCUCAGUAUGGUUUGAUGUCCAAGAAAGUGGAUUGGCUGUCGCCAAUAAAUCUUUAGGUAAAUGCGAUCUUAAGGGGGGGAAAUUGAAGAAAAGAGAUAAGGGAAUAUCCAAAGACAACGUCGAAUUGAAGCAAGAACAAAUCCAAUAUCUUAGGAAUUAUAUCGAAAAGAUCCAAGAGAAUUUAGAUGGUGCCAAAAGUUUACUGAAGGGUAAAAGCCCAAAAGAAAAAUCUAAAAUGAUGCAAAUUUCGGAAGACGUGAACAAAAAAAUUGGCAUAGUCAGAAGUAAAUCGGAAAACCUUGAUGAUUCGACCGAAUACGAUGAGCUGGUUUCAGAAUUGAAAAUUUUGGAGGAUAAAGUUGACCGAUUGAAAUCACUCUUAUUGGGAGUUCCUGAGGAGGAACAAAAAAGUCCUCUAAAGAAACAUAUCAAAGAACCAGAAAUCUCAGUUAAACCGGAGCCAAAAGUUACCGAAAUUCCUGCCAAAGCACAGGAUCUAGUCAAAUGUAAAGAGUACCUGAUUAGAUCGGAAAAUUGGAUCAAGACAGCCGAAUUAAAAUUAGCUGCUGCGGAUGAUGCCGAUCAUCCUGCCGAGGAACGAAAAGUAUGCGAGGAGAUACAAGAAGAAAUCGCUCAUCAAAUACAACAAAAUAAAGAGCAUGCUGAAAUCUGUGUUCCAUAUCUGACUCUGAAUCCAAGUGAUCCAGACUUCAAAUCUAUUUUAACCAAUAUAGAUCAAAGAAAUAUUGAAAUUACCAACGUUAUAAAAUUAAUCGAGGAAAAACUUGAUAAUAUUCAGGUAAAGGAACGUAAACUUGCAUCUGAUGCUUCAAAACGUUCUGAUGAACCAGCCACCCAAUUGGUAGAAGAUUCAAUAAUUGCUCCUGGUGCAAUCAAUGAAAAAGAGCAAGUAUCACCUGCAAAUGUUUCUGGAAAAAAUAUUGCAAAAACAGCCAAAAAACCUCUUUCAGCACCACUUGAUGUUGAAAAAGAUUUGCAAGCAGCUCCUGACAAUACUGGAAAAGAUAUGGUUGUACAACCUUAUGAUGUUUCUCCUGAUCAUCCACUGAAUGUGGUUGAAAAUGCUGUAUCAAUUUCUCAAACAAUGAAAGAUUUGCAAGCUGUUCCUGACAAACCUGAAAAAGAAAUGAGUGUACAAUCUCAUGAUGUAUCUUUUAAGCACUCUCAAGAGACUUCUGAGAAAGCUGCAUCCGUUUCUCAUGGCUCAGAAAAAGAAAGUUUUUCAACUGGUCCCAAUGAAAUCGAAAAAGACAAACAUGUGCAAUCACAUGAUUUGGUUUUCAAGCACUCUUCAGAAAUGGUUGAGGAAGUGGCACUGCCACCUACUAGCACAGUAAAAGAUCUACAAGGUUUUCCAUAUAAAAUUGAUAAUGCUGAUGGAGAGAAAAACAUUUUGUAUGAGUAUUCUCUACCAACUGUUGAAAUUCCUGAACCAGUUAUUCCUGACUCAGAAAAAGGAGAUUUACAAGUCUUUCCCAGUAGCACUGAAGAAAAAGUUGAAAAGCAAUCAUCACCUCCCAUUUCACACAAAGAUUUUGAAGAAACUAUUGAGGAAACAAUAUCAGCUUAUCCAAUCACAGUUGAACAAACAAAACUAAAACAUCCUAGUUUUUCACGCAAGCACCCUGAUGAAGAAUCAGCACAUACUGGUUUUGAAUUAGACACAGCCAGAGAAAAACAUUUUGAAGAAAUGGCCUAUAUUGCUCCUGGUGCAGAACCAACUAUGGAAAAUGAAAAUUCUCUUAAUGCUUCUAACAGUCCAAUUUUGAAAACUAUCAAGAAUGCAGUAAAUUCUGCUCAGAAAUAUUUAUCUGGAAAACCAUCAGAAAAAGAACCUACAUUUAAGGAAUGUGAAUUGAUUCAAGACUCACCCAAACCUGACAAUGAAGAGCUUAAACAUGGAUUAGAAUCAGAAAAAUUAGGCGUAGAAAAAAUUGCAUCUUCUAAUGAACUUGGAAAUAUUCCUUCAGAAGCUGUAUCAGUGAUAUUCACUGCUGAUGUAAAACCUGAAAUGAUUGUGACAGAGGUGCAAUCAGAUGUUGAAAUUCAUAAUGUUGAACAAGUUCCAACAGCUUUUUCUAGUGCUGAAAAAAAAGCAGAUAUUUCUUCUAAAAAAACUAAAAAAGGCAAGAGAUCUCAUAAACAUGCAAAACCAUCUAAUGAUUGUGAGGUUCCUGUUUUAGAACAACAAAUUUCUUCUGUAGAGGUGAAUAGGUUUGUAGAUGAUGAAAAACCAACUCAGACACCAGUUUCCUCUAUCAGUGAUGAAUUAGAAAAAUGUGUGAUUCCAAAGAGAUUAUCUAGGCACGAAUCUGAAAAGGUUUCAUCAAAUAAACCUUUGGAUGAACAUACUUCUAAAAACAAAGCUAUUGAACCUACAGAUGAUCCUGAUCAAAAGCCUAUUUCUUCUGAACAGGGAAAAAUUACUUCUGAUCUGAUUAUAUCAAUCAAACCAGUUGGAGAUUCAAAAAUAAAACUUGAGGAAAUUGAAGUUGAUGCCAAAGAGCUGCCAAUUUCUUUGGAGAAAUCACCUCAUGAUAUAAAGGUACACUCAACAGAUCCAGUAUUCAUAGAAAAAAUAUCCACAGCUCCUAUGAAACAUUUCAAUGAUUUAAAAACAGAACCACUUACUUCACAAUGUAAAAUCACAGGUGAAUCAUUGCUUUGUCCUGACAUUAAGAAAAUCACAAAAUCUUCAUCAACAGGCAAAGAUGAAUCUGUUGUGCCCAUUCAGAUAUCCCCUGAAUCUGAGAUAGAACCAAUCAAAUUUGACUCAGUUGAACUUGUUCAUGAUAGUCAGUUGGUCUCAGUUCCUGAUAAUGAAUUGUCUCUAAAUAAAAAAGGGCUGCCAAUUGAAUCAUUUGAUUUGCAGAAAGUUCCCAAACGCCAAUCUGUAUCACCAAUAUUUGAAUUUAGUCCAGAAACAGAAAAGGUUGCUUCACAGAUCAGAAAAAGUAAGAAAAGAGGCAAACCUACAAAACCAGUUGAAUCAUCUGAUACUUUUGAAAAUAAAUCAGCCUCUCCUUUGACUAUGAGUCUUGGAGAUCAGACAAAACCUAUUGGAACAAUAAAUGAACCAAUAGAAAAACUCAUUCAAAUCAGGAAUGAAGGCACAGAAAAACCUGGGUCAUUAAUUUCUGAGUCACCAAAUUUGCAAAGUACAAAAAUUAUUGACCUAAUUAACGAAUCAAUAGAGAACCCUGAUCAAACCACAAACAAAUUGUCAAUUUCUGAUUUACCUCAGGAUUCUAUUAGUAAACCUCAUAUACCUGUGCAGGAAAUUGCACAGAUACAUGAGAAGUCAGGAAAAUCACCAGAUAGAAAACCACAAAAAAAGAAAAAAGUUGCAUUUACUGAUCAUGUUGAAGAAGUAUUCAUAUCAUCCGAGUCCAUUUGUGAAAUGGAUGAAGCAGAGUUCAAUACUGAAAUAGAACAGAAAAUCAUGGAACAUUUUGAUAAAGAAUUUGAAUCUGAUGUAUCAAGAACUAAAACACAUUCUUACUUGGAAGAACCAACUUCAUUUAUUCAUAAUGUUGAAGAAAAGUCAACUUCAAUAGAUGAGCCAAAAAGCAAAAAAAGUAGUAAGAAAAAGAAAUCUAAAAAACAAAUCAGUGAACCUGAACAGUAUAAUGUAGUAAUAAAAUCUACUACAUCAACUUCUGAUCUUGAAAAGCAAUCUGGUGGGUUUCCUAAACUUCUGAUCUCUAUUGAAAAUCAACAAGAAAAACUUGAUAUGUUGACUGAGUCUAAAUCUAACCACAAAGAAAUAUUGGUAGCAUCUGACCUUAACAAUAGAGAAAAAUGCUCAAUGUUUAUUGAACAUGAGAGAAAAAUGUUGGAGAUGGAACGCAGAGUUGUGGAGAUACCUAUUACAAGCCCUGCUCUAUCUGACAAUUUUGAGACCACUUCAACUGAACUUCCAGAGGAAGUACACAAAGUGGUAGAGACACCUGUUGAGAGCCCUGAUUUAUCUAAUAGUUCUACUGAACCUUCUCAGAAAACUAUUGGUGAACAUGGAGAAACAUCUUAUGAUUCUGGAACAGUUCAUAGAAAAUUUACACCUCCCCUGCGCAGUCCACCAAAGAAAUUAUUAGCACCAUUAUAUCAAGAAACAUCCUUAGAGUUUAUACCUGAAAGACCAUCUGUGCCAAUGUUCAACUUGGAAAACAAACCUGUACCAAUCAUAUAUAAUUUUAAAGGAAAAUCAUUCAUACCUUUAUUUGACACUAAUGAUGAUGUUCUUCUACCUGUAUAUGAUGGGCAUGGUAACUUGGUUGUCCCUUCCUUUGACAACAAUGGAAAACUCAUCACACCUUUGUAUGAUGCUCAGGGAAAUCCCAUUGUGCUAUCAUAUGAUCAAGAUGGUAAACCACUUGUUGCUUUGCAGGACAUACAUGGAAACCCUACAAUAUUCUUGCAAGAUAAAAGUGGGCAGACAAUUGAUUUUAAAACAAAGGAUAAGGCAGAAUCAAUAUUUACCUUAUCAGUAGACAAUCAGAAACAACUAUUUAAUACCGAAGGAAAACCCCUUACUGUGUUUUUUGAUACCAGAGGGUCUCCAAUGGUAUCUUUGUGUGAUUCAAAGUAUAAGGCAUUAAUUCCAACUUAUGAUGCUCAAGGUAAAGCAAUGAAACCCUUAUUUGAUGAAAAUGGGAGGUUAACUAAACCCCUUUAUAAUGCAAAAGGGAAACCAUUACAAGUUAUUUAUGAUUUGGAGAGAGAACCACUUGUUCUGUUAUUUGAUGAUGAAGGAGAACCUAUAGUGACUUUAUAUGAUGGUGAUGGUAGUCCAGUGCCCAUUGCAAAUGUACUGCAAUAUCAACAACCUUCUUUCAAGAUUGCAAUAACUGGGCAUGAUGAUCAUAAUAUUUGUACUAGUGAUGAGGCAACAUCUUCAGGAAAUUCUGGUGAUGCAUCAAAAAUGUUAAUAGCAGAUUCAUGUGUGAAGGAGCAAUUAAUGGCACCUUUGAAAAAAUCAGAAAUACUUUUGUUUGAUGAGCAUGGAAAUAUUGUAAAACUAUUCCAUGACAAGCAAGGAUUACCACUAGUACCUUUGUAUGAUUUGAACAAUAAGCCUAUCAUACCAUUGUAUGAUUCUAAAGCCAAGCCAAUAAAGCUAUCUUUCAACAAAAAAGGACAGCCAACAAAACCUAUUUAUAAUUCUACAAAUAAACCAUUAAAGUUAAUCUUUAUUGAAAAGCAGCCAUUGUUCUAUUUGUAUGAUGAGAAGAGAGAGCCUCUACUUUCUUUAUUUGAUGAACAUGGCUCUCCUAUCAAUGUUGAAGAAUUUCUAUCAUCCCAAACCUUACUUGAAAAACAAGUGAGCCCAGAUACUUCAUCUUCUGAUGCAUUAGAUCCAUCUGGAAAGCUACUUGAGAAACCUCCUAAAAGUGAGCUGGAGACUGUGUAUUCUUUGGAACAUACCAGUUCACCUGAGAAACUUGAAAAUAUUGCAGUUUGUGAAAGAUUUGAUUCCUCUACAGCAUCAUUACCAUACUUAUUAGAAUGUUUUUACAACAGAGAUGGAAAACAAAUUUCUGUAUUUUAUGAUAAACAAGGAUUACCCAUGAUUCCUUUAUAUGAUUCAAAACACAAAUUAUUGAUUAAUGUGUAUGAUUCUCGAGGUAAAUCUCUCAAGCCAUCCUUUAAAGAUGGUCAACCCACUACACCACUUUAUGAUUCGAAGAGAAAACCUUUAAAGUUGGUUUUUAGCCAUGAAAACCAAGCAUUGAUACCAUUUUAUGAUGAUGAAAGUAAACCUAUUAUACCCUGUUUUGACAGAAGUGGAAAUUCUUUACCUGUUGAAAAAUUACCUAAAAUGCAACUGAAACUUGAUGAAGAUAUUUCAUUGGAACAUGUGCUUCUUGAAGAUUUAAAACCAAUCAAGCAACCUUCUUCUUCACAAUCAAAUUCUGCCAAACUUAUUGCAACUCCUGAAAAACUUGAAAUAGAACCUUCUCAUAAAAAAAUUCAAAUUUUACCUGCUUCACAAAAUGAACAGUUGAAACUUGACAAACAACAAUUGACAUCAAUUGUUGAAAAUAUUGAAAUACAAAAAGCAAUGUCUGUUCCAUUACCUGAACAAAUUUCAACUUCAGUGCAUGAUGAUAGUUGUAAAUUGGAGGUGGCAGUUGAAACACCUGAAGUAGAUUUGUUCACUGAAAAAAUGAAGGUCUUAUCUCCUCUACCUACCCAACCUUUGGGGUAUGAUGAACAACCUUCUGUGUUGAGCCACAUUCACAAAAUUGAGUCUGAAGAAGCUUUCCCCAGCAAUUCUGAUAUUGCUAAAGAGCUAGAAAUUCAUUUAUUCAAAUCAUCUUCUGAUGAUAAAAAAUCAAUAUCUUCUUCCAAAAUUGAACCUGUAAUUAUACUGCCUAGCUCUGAUGAUCAUCUAGUAAAAUCCACAAAGCAGAAAAGGAAAUCAUCUAGUAAAAAGCUUAAGUCAUCUGCUUCACCGCCUAAAACAUUCACCUCUAGUGAAUCACCUGUUGCAUCAAUCUAUGAAGAAAAAACUGAGCUGCAAAUCAAUUUGGCAGAUCAGGAUAAUGUUUCAAUAAAAUCCAAACACGAAUCUAUUCCUAUUUUCUCUCAACCACUGAAAGAGGAUGACCAACCAUUAUCACCUCCUCAUGAGGAAAAAAUUGAAAGAACAUCUCAUGAUCAAGAUGAUCUCUUAAAAGUCUCAUCCCUUGAGAAAAACAUAUCCAGUUCAUCACCUAAAUCAUCUGAAUCGAAUAAGCAGCAAUACACAUUGAGUUAUGAUGAGAAAGAAGUUGAACUUGAAGAAACAUUAAUCCAUGAUUAUUUACCACUACAAUCAGAAAAACUUGAAAGAUCAUCUCCUGCAAAGCAAGAAACACUCAUUUCAGCAAUUAAAACUUCAGAACUGAGUGAGCAACCAUUUGUAUCUGCCAAAGGAGAAGAGGCCAAACCUUUGGAAUCAUCCAUUCAUAAUAAUGAACCUCCAAAUGUUGAAAAAUCCAAAAAAGGAUCACCUGAAAAUAAUAAAGUCCAGAUUUCAUCAUCUAAAUCAUCUGUACCAGGUGAACAGCUUCCUGAAAAAACUCAUCUUCCCAAAGUUCAGUCUGAAGAAACGUUACCUACCCAUUAUAAUGUUCUUGUAAAAUCUGAACCUCCCAAAAUAGAACCAUGCUCAGAGGAGAAUUCUUUAUUGGUGAUAUCCAAGUACAUUGAUAAUCCCGUAUUUGAUGCAAAUGGAAAACGUAUUAUAAUCUGUGACUACCAAGGAAUACCUGUGGUACGCCUAUAUGACUUGGAAUCCACAUCUAUCAUACCUUUAUUUGAUUCAAAAGGUAAACUUAUCAAACCAUCAUAUUUUAAAGGAGGCGAGUCAUCCAAACAUCUUUUCAAUGCCAAAGGUAAACCUUUGAAUCUGAUACAUGAAGUUGAAGGACAGCCAGUAAUUUCAUUAUAUGAUGACGAUGGUGAACCUAUUGUAGCUUUAUUUGAUGAGCAAGGUAAUCCUAUAACCAUCAAAGAAUCAGCCUUAGACAUGCAGUUACAUGAUGUUACUGAAAAGCUCACACAAUGCCUAAAUAUUGAAUCUAUCAUCCCAACAACAACAAUUUCUCAUGACCAGCCAGCACUUUCAACUCCAGAAAAGGGAACUGAUCCAAAAUCUGAAUCCACAAAAGUGAAAUUUGAAUCACCUGAUCAAGAACUCCAAAUAUCCAGUACGCCAUCUCUGCAGGUUGACAAAUCAGUUUUUAAUAUUGAUGGAAAGCUUAUUUCUCUAUGCUGUAAUGAUGAAGGAGUUCCCAUGAUACCUCUCUACGGCAUAAAUCAUGAACCCAACAUAUUAUUGUUUGAUUCUCAAGGAAAUCCUACAAACACUUCAUUUAAUAAAAAAGGACAACUCAAAAAAAAAUUGUAUAAUUCAGAAGGAAAACUAUUGCGUUUUGCUUAUAAAAACAAACAACCUUUUGUACUUAUAUUUGAUGGCAAAAAAGAACCAGUAAUAUCAUUGUUUGAUGAAGCCAAAAAUCCAGUUAAUGUUGAAGAAUUGGUCAGACCAAUGGAAACAUCAAAAGAAAAAAUUACCCUUGCACAAUCUGAUGACUCAAAAGUUUUAGACCUUGGAGAAAUUGUAGAAAAUGAAGCAUUGGAUUCAAUUUCUGAACAAUUUGCUGAAACAUCUUCUGAGAAAUACAAAGAUGUCCCCAUUGACAUUGGAAACAAACUGAUGUCUUCUUCUGACCCUAAACAUAUCCGUAAUACUUCUGAACAAUUGAUUAAAACACCAGUGGAAGCAUCUAUAGUUGUUCCAAUUGACAUUAAACAUAAAGUGGAGUCUUCUGAUGAUACUGAACAAGUUAUUAGCAAACAUAUUGAAACUCAAAAUUGUCAAGUCAACAAUGAAACCAAAAUGGUGCCUGCUUCCAUUCCUGAACAUUUCACCAGUAAACCUGCCAAAACUGUUGAAGAUAUCCAGAUUGACAUUGAUAGCAAAAUUAUGCCUUCAGCCCCUGAAUAUUCCGCUAUUACACCUAUCAAAGUUCGUGAAGAUGGUCGAGUGAGAAUUGAAGCCAAAAUUGUAUCUUCUUCAAGACCUGAACAUUUCAUAAGCACACCUCCUAAAUCUCUUGAAGAUAGCCAAGUUGAUGGCGAUGGCAAAGUUGUGUCUUCAGUUUCUGAAUGUUUCACCACCACGUCAUCUACCAAAGCACCUGAAGGUGGUCAAGUCGAAAUCAGAACCAAAAUCAGCGCACCUGUUCAAAUUGUUGAAUGCAGGGGAGGUGGUAUUGAAAGCAAAACUGUACCUUCUUCAGUUCAUGAAUGCUCCACCGCCGCACCUAUCAAAGCUCCCGAACAUGAUCAAAUCAACAUCAACAGUACAAUACCACGAUUGUCAGAGCAUACCAGCAAUGCAGCUGUUCAAGCUUCUAAAGAUGACCUGCAGGUCGACGUGGAAAGAACUGUAACAUCUUCUGUUUCUAAACAAUACACCAAUGCGCCUACUAAAUCUCCAAAAGAUUUUCCAACUGACACCAUCGAAGUACCUCCUAAAGAUGCUGUUCCUACUAAAUCAAAGAAGAAGAAAAUUCGUCGCUGUGAUACCAAAGCUUUACCAAUCAUUCCUAAGAACUUGUCAGACGAUGAAGAGGAACUUGCAGCUUUAGAUGAACAAUAUGAUGAAAUCAAACAAAAACCUGUUCCUGUUUCUACCGAUGAUUUAGAACAUGUCAGCGAUUCAUUGGUUACCAAAUUACAUGAUGUUUAUACUGUUCCAUAUACGAUUCUUUAUCUUAAACCUCAACUAGAUUUGGAUCAUAUUAAAAAGAAAACAAAAGAUUUCCAAACAAUUUUGAAACCCAUUGAGAUUUACGUUCAAAAUCACGAUGUUGAUGGUAUUAGAAAAUCGAUUGUAGAUUCUGUGCAGUAUGCUUCUGACUUGUUGGAAAGUCUUGAAUAUCACAUUACCACUUUAGAGCAUUCAUCGGAGCCUCAAGCUCCUGCAGAACAACAGGCUAUCCUUACAUCUAUCGUCGAGGUCGAAACUAUUGUCAAAGAAGAAGUUAUCGAUGUUUUGACGAAAUCUAGUGGUACAGCUCUCGAACAUUUGCCAUCCGAAGAUGCCGAAAAAUGCAAAUACAUUUUAGGCCUACUCUAUAAUCAAGUGGAAAACGUAAGCAAUGUGAUCAAGUCAAGAGCUGUUGAUUUGGAACAUGCUCAAGUUUCUAUUGAUGAUUUCAAUGCCAAAUUGAACGAGACCGUUGAAUUUAUUCGAUCGUUGAAGUCCAAUAUUGAAAAUGUAAUGUAUGAUGAUGCGGAUCUACCUGUUGAGAGAAAAUUGGCAGCUCUGGAAGAGUUUGAAGAAGAGAAUCAAAAUCGCAUAUCUCAACUUCCAGCUUUAAUGGCGACAGUUGAAGAAAUUCUGCGAUGCUAUCCUACUUUCGAAGUUCCCAUGGAAAUUUACGACGUUUAUACCGAUACCAGGAAUAUGGAAAGUAACAUAACCGCCGAAAAAGAUAGAUUAUUGCAAAUUAUUUGCCUAAUCGAAGAGUACGAAUUAACGUUGAAAGAAUUCGAUAAAAUCAUGGAUAUUGCGGAUUGCUUGAUGGUUUUGCCCAUAAAUGUUUCAUCAUUCAGUCACUUGCAGGAUGAAAUGCAAACCCAUCGCAAUUUCUUCGUGAACUUGAACCACUGCAAAAGUAUAUUAGAGUCUCUGGAAAGCCAUCUAGAUAACGAUACCCGUAACAAAUACCAUCCGCAACAUUCCGAAUUAAUCAAAAGAUCAUCGGAAAUAUUGGAUAAAGCUUCUUCGCACUCUCAGCAAAUGUCUUUAAUUGCGUCAAGAUGGAUGAUCAUUAAUAAAGGCAUUGAAGAAGAAAGAUUAUGGCUGAAAUUGGCUUAUCAAAGGUUACCAGACAUAUCAGCGGUGAAAUCUACCGAUUACCAGCAAUUAAUGAUUUUAUAUCAAUCCUUAUCCAACGACAUCAAUCAACAUUUAGCGAGAAUAACGCAACUCAUCGAGACAGCUCAGAGUUUACAUCAUUUGGUUAAAUCCCCCCAACUGCAAUUCGGUUACGAGAAUGUCAAACAAGAAGUGAUCGCAUUACGUGACAAUGUAAACAACAACAACAGUUUAUUGGACAUGUUCGACGAAAACUGGAGUCAGUACGAGAUGAAUAAAAAGAAAUUAAUGUCAUGGAUGAAUACCAAAGAAAAAGUAAUCAACCAAUGCGAUCAGACUAGCGACAUGAAAAAGUUCUGGGAUUUACUGGCCCAGUUUGACGUACACAAGAAAAUGUUUGAAAAAUUGAGCGCCCAGUUUAAUCAGGCUUUGAAAACGCUAUCUCUAAUCGAUGCUGAAGAGCAACGCAAGAAAUUCCUCGAUCUGGAGCAAAAAUGGGAAGCACUUUCGAAUACGAUGAUCGAUCUGCAAGCCAAAGUUACAUAUAAUUUUGCCGAUUCCAAUAUACCUCUGGAUCAGAAAUUAAUAUCUUUGGAACAAGAUUUAAAUAAUUUAUCAACUUUGUUUGGUGAAUUGGGAAAAACCAUAGAUAACGAAGAAGAUUUUCAGUUUUGUUUGAAUCAAGUUCAAGUAAUGGAAAAAGCAGCUCAGAAUAUCGAAAACGAGCUCCUCUGCUAUAGAUUAUUAACAGUCGACGAAUCGGAAAAAGUAGGUGCUCUCACCUCUAGAGUACAAGAUAUCCAUCGAAACCUUAGCGAUGAAGUCGCCAACGUACAAAAUAUCGACGAUCACAUUAAUUCGAUCAAAGACGGCAUAAAGAAAAUCAAUCGAGAGCAAUCUCGCCAAAAUGUUAUCCUCGAUCAAUGCGAAAAAAGCUUAAAACUGAGACAAAAUGACGUCAAUCAAGCUCUGAGAGAUUGCGAGAUACUCGACGGUGAACUGAAAUCUCAAUGGCAAGAUAUUACUAAAUUACGUCAAAUAUUCCACAUGAUACCGAAAUCGUCAAGAAUUGCGGUCUGUUUACCCGAACUCGAUCAAAAAAUCGCUCUGAUACAGAAGAAUCAAGAAACCUUGGAAUCUCGAUGCAAUUCAGUGCUACAGAUUUUAAAAGAACGGUCUAAUUUAUGGAAGAAAUUCACCGAUAAUGUUCAAAACGUCAAACAAUCCGUUGAAGAGGUCGAUUUCAUGGUGGACUUGAUGUCAGUUCAUAGUCACAUUGAUUAUCCCAGACUUGCUACGGCUACUGAAAAUUUACAGGAACUUUCCGAAUCAUUAUCGACUCGAGAACCCGAUAUACUUGGAGAAUUACGCUCAGCUGCCGAUCACUUGAAAUCCUGUUCUUCGCCGGAGGUUCAAAAUGAGAUCGAAACCACUGUCGAGGAGUCUGUCGUACAGUGGAACGAUUCUCGUAAAUCAUUACGAAACUUAUGCGAACGGUAUCAAAACGCCAUCAAAAUCUGGACAGUGUAUAGAAAAAAUAGCGAUAUCGUUAACGAAUGGGUUGAUAAUCAGUUGAGUUCGUUAUCGACUCUACCAGCCGAAGAAGCUGUCCAGCAGUUACAAAUAUACGAAGAAGCAGUUAAUGAACAAUCGGAAAAACUCGUCGAGCUACGCGGUAUGGUUAUGGAAAUCGCUACCGAAGUCGGUGUCAAGGAAGAUAACUUAUUAGCCGAUGAGAUCGCCUUAUUGAGUAGGAAACUGGAAGAUGUUAGAUCAGCUAUUAGUACUUUGCAGGAUGUUACCGUUUUCGAAAAACGUAAAAUCGUCAAUGGCGAGUUGGCUGAGACGCAGAAAACACUCGAUUCUAUGAAACAAGAGCUAUCAUCGAAAGGCGAUGUGAACCCGACGAUUAAUACCGAACAUAUACAAAAGCUCAACGAUCACCUUCGUGCGCUCGCUAAAACCGAUACUUUAUUGAAUAACAUCAAGGAAGAACAAGCUGAAAUUCUAACCGAUCCAGAUGCUUCGUCUGAUAGGCAAAAAAUUUCAGUUGUGAAUUUGCUCGAGUCGUGGCAACAAGUGUUCAAAGAAACGUUCCAACAGUAUCACGGAUUGUUCUCGUCUGUAUCAGGCGAACAGAACUAUCUUGAAGCUUUAAAACUAUGGACUGAUUAUUUACAUUACAUUCAAGACUUCCUCGCAUCCGCUAUUCCUGAUAAUUAUCAUAAUUUAAACAGCGACGAUCAAAUUUGCCAGCUGUACGAAAAUCUUUUACUAUCGCAAAGUGCUAUUCUGCUUGAUGAAAAAACCAAACGAAUAGGAUCAUCUUUGAGUGGAGAGUUCGAAUCUUUGAAUAAACUUCACAAUGAAACUCUUUCCGAUGUCAUCGCCAGGCAUCAUCAAGUUAAACAAAGACUAUUAUUAUGGCAACGUUACCAAAAAGACCAAAGAGAGCUGUUAUCGUUUUUACGUUGUAUUGAGUCUGAACAGUCACAUCUUAACUUGAGAUUUAUUUAUAUUCGAACAAUAGACACAUCAUUACGUAAAAUCGAAGAUUUGCUGAAUAAAAUAACUAAAGGUAUCUCAAUGGCUGAUAAUCUACGCGACCAACAUGACGCUCUGUUGAGUGGCUGCAGUCAAAGCGUCGUUACGUCGGUUAAGGUCGAGUUGGAUUCUAGCUACAAAAGACUUCAUAAUUCAGAAGCGGCUCUCAAAACAUGGCACGAAUAUCUUUUCAAGAUCAAAAGUGUAGCCAAACUGUACGACGACAUAGCUUCCAAUAUCGAACAAAUAUUUAUUAAAAUUCACGAAGGCCUCGAUAGCGAACAUUGUCCUUCUAAAGAGACAACUUACGCCGUAGCUGAAAUUAAACAAAAAAUUGAUAAGCUUACGAAAUUCAAAGAGGAAAUUGUCGCUCUGGACGAAGAAACGAACGAAUUAACAAAUCUAGAAGAGAAACUCAAACAGUCAGUGAAUCCCAAAGAUAUGAAAGUCGUUAGGCAAAGAAUAUGGUUAUUGAAACAACAACAAAAUGAUAUAAAAUACCAGUUGUCAAAUUUGAUCUUUAAAUUAGAAGAAAAAUUAGCUCUUUGGGAUACAUUCGAUAAAAGACAACAGAGUUUCAUGAGUUGGGCAAACGACCUGAACACAAAUUUGGAAAAAUUCAGUGAGAACCAAGAUUAUCCCGAAGUUGUACUGAGACGAUUAGAAAACGAAUUCUGUACCGAUGUAGAUUCCAAACACGGUGAAUACAGUUGGCUGUUGAGUACCGGCGAAUGUUUAUCAAAAUACGAAUCUGAAUCUGCGACUGAACCAAUCUGCGGCCGGAUUAAUAAUGUAAUGGAUGCUUGGAAGAAAGUCAACGACAAUACGAAAGGAGAAGUUGAAAAAGUUAAACAUAUCAUAAAGGAAUCGACAAUAUUAAGAACCAAUAUCAAGGACCUUAUUGUAUGGAUUCGAGAAUUGAGUUUUACGCUAAACACGAUUAUAUUUUUCGAACGAUUCGAUGAAUCUGCUUUAAAUGAGAAAAUUCAAGAACACGAGGCAUUGCAAAAAGAAAUCGAUCAGCGGAAGCAAGAAGUAUCUGAUGUGUUGCAAAGGUGCGAGAUAUUUGUAAUGGAUUGUGAACAUUGCAACGUUUCAUUGGAUAUUAAAUCCUUCAUAGUGAGAUACGCCUCGUUGGACAGAAAUUGGACUUCGUUGCAAAUGGAAUCAGCUCAAUGCAAAGAUCGUAUAUUUGUCGUAUGGAAAAUGAUUCAAGAAGUAUUAUCUUUAUGUCGAUCGGAAGAUCCGUGGUUGACAGAGCAACACGAACUUUUGACUAACAUACAGUCGCAAUGUGAUAAAGUACCAUUUUCUGAUAUUAAUAGCCUGGCUGUCAAGUUGAACUCAAUUUCUGUAGCGAUAAAUAAUCAUAGUACACAGUUCAAAUUAUUGGAAGAAUCGUACGCUGAUUUACUGUCUAAAAAUCACAUUCGUAACUCCAGCCUUGUUCAAGAAACGUUGGAUCGGUAUUUGGCUCUGAAAAAAUUCGUCAUACGAUUGAAUGGAAAAAUAGACGAAGAUUCGUUAAAAUGGAAGGAGUUCUUAUCGUCUCAUGGUAACCUGAUUUUGAAACUUAGUCAAUUGGACGCGAAAUUAACCCAACUUCAGCAUGUAAAUGACUCCAACGCCGGUGACGCUGAAGAUGUGAACAAAGCAAAAUUGGAAAAAUUAUUGGCUCUCGAAUCGGAGUUUGAAUCAUAUAACGAGCCAAUUACCACGACGAAUCAAAUGGCCACCGAAUUAAUGUCCAAUAAAAAUCGACCGGAUGGUAAAGACGUGCAACAGAUGAUGGAUGAAUACCUGGUCAUGUACAAAGAUAUCAAAAAACGUAUCAAAACGCUGAAGCAAUUCUACCGUAAAACCAAAUCAAUUAAAUCGCAACAGAACGUCAGCGAAGAAGUACAAGUGCAGACUUUGAAAUUCGAGCAAGAUUUCGCAGCUCAAGUGGAUACGUUACCUACGUCUUUACAACGAAAGGACGCCUUCUAUUACGAAUUACAAAGUACCAAGAAAGAGUCGCAAGAUAAUAUAGAACGAUUAAUCGAACUAUCAAACGAAAAUCCCAAUUCUGAAGAAACGACCAAGGCAAUGGCAUGUUGUCAAUCUUCUGUCGACUUGAUGAAGCACUUGAGCGCUGUUUUAAUUGGCCAGUGUGGAAUGUUAUCCGACGAAGUAGUUCUGGUUGAAGUAGACGAGCUCGUUAAUAAAUAUCAAUUGCUUUUAUCUGAAAUCAGGUUCAAGCAACAGCAUUACCAGCAACAACAAAUGGAAAAUAAUAGGUCUAGCAAUGAGGAAGGAUAUGUAUUUUUUUGUAAACACGAACUUGGUCGUCUAAGAUGUCCAUUGUGCUCUCAAAGAAACUGGUCGCAACUCGAUAAUGACAUUUGGAGAUUAGAAAAAUGGCUCGAGCAUGCUCAAGGCACACUGCAAGCGAAUCCAGCAACUCCUCCUCAUAAUAUCGAACAGUUAGAGGAUGUUAUUCAAGAGCACAAGGAAUUUAUGGUGUAUUUGGACAGCCAUCGCGAUGUUAUCGUCAGCUUGAACAUCGUCGGUAAACAUUUAAUGGAGCAUUCGGAUAACGAGCAACAGUCGGUAGUACUUCAAGAUCGUUUGGCUCGAGUGAACGAAAAAUGGGAAAAAGUGUGUACUCAAUCGUUGGCUUGGCAGCAUAAAUUACAAGCAGCUUUAAUGGAGAACGAAGAAUUCCAUAAUAUAAUAGAAGAACUCUUGAUCUGGAUUGAAGAAACCGAGAAUUCCAUCAAGAGCUGCGAACCGGUCGAUUUAACCGAAGAGACGUCUGUGAUAAAAGAAAAAUAUAAUAAAUUCAAGAAAUUACACAAAUCAUUGAAACGAUGCGAGCCUCGAGUCGCCUCAUUGCAAGCCGCCAAUCAAGUCUGCAUUACUCAACAAACCAACGAACUGGAAACAUCGCAAAAUAAACUAGAUCACUUGAGAUUGAGAUUACAAUCUUUGAUACGACUCACGUGGCUGUAUAUGAUGAAAUUAGGCUCUGUGCUCGGAUACGAUGUUAGAAAUUACUACUCUGGAAUGGAUCUGAGUACAACCUCUACAAUGACCUUGUCUCAAGAGUUUUUGGACGAACAUGCAAUCGAACCGAUGGACCGGGCCGAUACACCCGAAUCAACUACAUCGAACGAAGACGAAAACCGAAGUAUACUGUCUCGUGGAAAUAGAUUCUUCGGACGAGUAAUACGAGCUUCUUUGCCUAUACAGGCGUUCAUUUUUGUCAUGUUAGGCGUCGUAACGCUGUUUCCGCGGGUCGACGAUGAAUAUACAUGUUCGACUGCGAAUAACAUGGCAUGGAGCUUGGAACCCAUGUUGAGGUAUCCGGAUGGACCACCACCGACGUAAUUCCAUUUAAUUUAUGUAACCUAUUUAAAAAGAUAAGAUUUAAAAUUAAUCCUAAUAAGGGUUGUGAUGUUAAGUGUCCUUAUUGAUAUUAUUUGUGUUGUUUAUUAUUAAGUUAACCAUGUUAUUUUGAAGCUCAUUAUUUAAGUUUAAAACCAUUGAGCUUGUAAAAAUUAUUUUUGUAUAAAGUUGAAGUAUCAAUACGCUUACAACGUGAUUUAUACCAAAUUUUGUAAUUUUCAAAUAUAUUGCGGUUGUUUAUUUA